CUCCCUCACAGAGAUGAGGCAGGGAGCCCACUCCAGCAGGAGGACACUGGUAGCUGCACAGCUUGCACCCACCAGCGUGCUGGGGAAUGACAGCAAGGCUAGCAGCCUAUCUGAUAACCUGAGCACUACAGCUGCAGGAAACUACACGCCCCACACGCCUUUGCUGCACAGAGAGCCUCUUUGGUCCACUGGAAGGAGUGAUGCUGCCCAUCAAGUGACGUCACGGGCCAGGAGCAGGGCUCUGGGCUGGCUGCAGGGGGGCUGAGCUCAUGGAGCACUUUGCAAGUUUAAAAGCGCCGACUCAAGUGUCACACGGGUCUUCCUUAUAUGGGUGAGGUCCAGCGGGCACAGAGAGAGGGGACCUGUGCUGCCCUCAUCCCUUCAUCUGAUCAGACGGACUGCCCAAGGCUGGGAACCUGGUGGAGGAGAGCUCAGCCUGGGGAUCAUGAGGAGGAAGAAACUUGCUCUGGCAGCUGGCUUUUGCCUGGCUUUCUUGCUUGGCACUUUGCUCAAUCUGCUGUGUGUGCCAGGCUUUGACCACCACCAGCAGCAGCUCCAGAAUGGGGUCACCCCUGUGCCCCUCAUUGCAGCAUCAAGACAAGGCAAGGGGAGCUCCCAGGACUUGCUCAAACAGCUCCAAGAGCGCUAUAAGGAGGUGAUCCGCUAUAGAGAGCAUCAGGCUCCAGUGUCAGCCACAGUUAGGCUUCUUCUCAGACCCUUGGAGAGGAGACUCAUGGACCUGGCUCAGAGGUCUUCUGAGAACGUUCACAAACCUGAGAAUUCCAAGAGUUCCAUCCCUGACCUGUCCCCUGUGUCACCUCUCAGCUCGAAAAUAGACGUGUCUCUACGGCCACCCUUGCUGAGCUGCCAAGAUAUUACUAAUGGAAGCAAUGUCCGCUAUCUAGGCUCUGGUUACACCAAAGCUGUGUACAAGUUGGUCCUGAAUGAUACAGUAUCAGUGGCAUUGAAAUCAGUGGAUUUUGGGGGGCACGACAUCCAGAAUUGUGUCCAACUAUACAGGAAUUUAGAAGAUUGCUACAGAUUAGCAUCCUUCAAGAUUGUCAAAGAAAUGAUUUUAUUGCAAAGGCUUCAGCACCCUAAUAUACUCCAGGUAAAAAAAAAAUCAAAAUCUUUUAAUUAGAAUGCGAUCACAUGUUGCUGGGGACCUAAUAAACAUGCAGGAAUUAAAUGCAAUGGCAAAGGCUUUUACAGUUUGAAUAUAUAUUUAAUUUACUGCAAAUCAGCUUUCAAAUGGAGCAGUAUAAUUUGUUAUUGGGUUAUCUAUGAAAACGAAAUCUAGCAUUGCGAUAAAUACAUUGAAAACUAAGUAAGGAGAUACAGGAAUAAUUAAAUGUUUAAUCUGCAUGUUUGUCAGCUGGUGAUUAGUUUCUGUAUGCUGGGCGAUGUGUCUCCAUGACAUUGUUACUAGAUAUCCAAAGUAUUUUGUUUACAGAGGUGUUAAUGCAGAGCAGUGGUUUAUUUUUAACAGUAAGGGGGCGAUGGGUGCUAGAUUUUGUCUUUCCCUUUGGCACUUGAAGGGUUAAACUUUAUAGAGUGUAAGAAACAAUAAGCAAUAGAUGAUUUGUACUUGUAGAUUUAUUUGGUACUCAUAUAGUUAAAAUAGUCCUACUAAUGGGAAUUGUAUUAUGCAUAUAUAAACAUGUUAUGAUGUCUAGAGUUCCUUUGAAUUAAACCAGGUUCAGUUUUAUUUACUAUCUUUGAACCUUGUGUGGUUCAUGUCUGACAGUGACAAAGAACAUUUUAUGCUUUUUUUUACAGCAAAAUAACAUUUGAUCACAUGUACCAGGCGCAUAUUGUAAACCGUAGAUAUGAAACACAUUUAGCCUAUUGGUUAUGAUUUCUGUACUUGUACAUACAUGGAUAUGGUGUAUGGAUUCCAUACUGGAGAAAUAACUAAUGGGAUGGUGUAGGAAGGGAAAAUUAAUAGGGAUUAUUCACUAAAUAGAGACAUUUGUUGACCUGAGGACCAACUUGUAAAACUGCUAAAGUAACAGGGUUUGAUAAAAUCUACAAAGCAGCAAAGGUAGAUAUUUCCCCAGAAAUGAUUGUUGGGCCUUUUUUUAUUGUCAGUGCAAGGUGCUGUUUCAUAAAUAGACCCCAUUGUUAUUAUUAUUAUUUUAUUAUUUAUAUAGCGCCAUCAGAUUCUGUAGCGCUGUAUAAUGGGUGGACUAACAGACAUGUAAUUGUAACCAGACAUAUGGACGUACAGAGAUAGAGAGGUGGAGGGCCCUGCUUAAUGAGCUUACAUUCUAGAGGAUUGUUAUAUUAUGGAUUUUAUUAUCAUAACAUAAUACCCCAAUAUGGAGGACAUUUGUUGAAUUCGGGCCUACGUUGUGCUAGUUUGUAUUUUGUGGAUAAGUUAUGACUGUCAGGGUUUUUUCGAAAGUAUGAAUCGUCAGGAAUUGAGAGUGAAUUUUAAAAAUUGGGGGAGAAAUAUAGUCAAACUGAAUAUAUAUGUGACUUGGAAAAAUUUUCCAAUAAGUUAAGAAAUAUUUUUUUUUUUUUGCUGCUGCUAUUUUUGUCUGUUAUUUGAAAUGUACUUAAUUCGUAACAAUUCACACUUUUAGUCAAUAAUCCUGUUUGUUUUUGAAUGGAUUAGACUACAAGAUAUUUGUAAAAGACAAUUGCAGGGGUUUGAAAUCAUGAACAAAAUGAAAAAGUAAGCAGAAAUUCUGGACUGGUUUCAUUUAACCUUCUCAGAAGUGUAAAUGAAGACUAGGCUUUGUAAACAGGAACAACGGUAUCUGUGUGCUUAGCAAAAAUCCCUUGUAGAAUCUUUAACACUGUUGAUAAUUAUGAAAAUAUUUUGUGGACCCAUUUCCUUGACCAGAAACAACUAUGUCAUUGUUAAUACUCAAUUGCUAACUUGAUUUGACAUUGUGUUUUAAUCAUAUUACACUAUUUUUACGUGCAAUCAGCGUACAUUUAUCAUCAUACAAUAUAUUAUUCUACGGUUGGCCAAGCAGAUGACAAAUUUUGCGGAAUUCUCUCCAUAAAUACCAGUCAUUGGUAAAUUCCGAUGUUUGAUAGAAUGUACUUGUAGCAAUUUUGUGUCUGAUUUUAUUUUUAUUCCCUCUGCUCUAUUCCUAACUUAAAAUAAUAUUAUCAAAAAUAUUUAAAUUUUAUGUAUUUGUAUAUUUAAUUUUUAAUAUAUUAAAAAAAACAGGUUGGGACUUUUGUAAUAUACUGUUGUGGCUGGUUUAGCAUGGUACAACCAUAAAUUCCUAGCGGUAGCUCAGUUGGUUAAUCCACCAGCUAUAGAACUUGUUCAAGCUUGAAGGAUGUAAACUCUUAUCACUCUUAUGAUGUUGAUAAAAUAAGUACUGUUAAGUUUGGUAAAAAUAACAUCAAUAAGACCAUUAAUUUUUAACCCGAUAUGUUUGUAAAUUUGCUCCGAAGUGCUUCUGGGACCCUUUGCGGGGAAAAUCAUGAUAUAAAAUUAUUAUAUUAUACAUUUAUUUUUGUGCAUCUGUGCUUGACAACCCCUUGUUACGUGUGUAUCUGAACACAGACUCAGUGUUGAGCUGCACUGACACUUAAAUACAUUCAGUACUGAAUCCACUGAAGGCCAUGUACCAAACCAAUAAUCUAGGUGCAUGCAUUAAUCCUUAAAUUGGUUUAUGGUUAUUUUCAUAAACACUUUUAAUUUCUUUGAAGAACCUAUUUUGUUCUAAAAACGUAUUAGUUUUAAACUGAUUAGAAAUAGCAAACUCUAAAGUGGAAUAUAUAUUAGUAUCUCUCUCUCAAUUGAGGAAAAAGACAGAAAAAUAUACACAGACCACAAAAGAGAUGGAGGAUAUAUAUGUAUAUAUAUAUAUAUAUAUAUAUAUAUUCUGUUUAAUAAAUCACUUAAUAUUAAUACGUGUGUGUUUUGCACAUACGUUAUAUAUCUUUCCUUAUAGCAGCCUUUAAAAUCACAUUAAUAACAUAGGCAGUAAUUUAUAUCAGAGUGCACAUUAUGAUAUAUAUCACUUGACAGGGUAGGGUGUGACCUUAAAUGUUAUUAGGUUCAAUGAACGUCUGGACAUCAUUCUUUCUAACUCUGUGAGUAUUAUAAAUUAGUCAUGUCUGAAUUCUACAAACAGUAGAGGACUCAAAAAUAUUUUAUUUUGGCAAAGCAGAGCAUAUUAACUAAAAUAGUUUUUUUUGCCCAUGCUAGAAUUAAAUUCAUUCAAUUUAUACGUGUAAAAAAAACUACCCCCCUCCCACCCCCCCCCAAAAAAGCUAGCAGAACACAUAACUAACAACCCGCAGUGCCAAACAGACUUGUUAAUAUGUCCUUAUUGAAAGGCAAGCAUCACGGUAACAGAAAACAGACAGAUACACACACUUUUGUGAUAACCAUCUUGAACUAGGGUUGGAAAACAUGACUUGCAAAAGAAAAAAAAAACUAUUUUUUUUUCUCAGCGUGAGCAGUAUUGUCACAACCAAUAGAAUUAGACAAGAUACAUUAGAAAGGCAUUAUUGUUGCUAGAUUCAAGGCUUAGCAAUUAUAGCAUCAAUUAGCAUUUGCAAAUUACACAUUGUCUCCAUAACAUAGGUGGUGGCAAAUCUGCCUCAAGAACUGGCGUCAAACAGACAUGUGCAGUAGUAUUGUUUACAAAUAAGACAAACUACAUUGGGAUUUUUGCUGUCAUAGAACUUUCUAAGCUAACGUAACCUUUUCAUUUCAAGACCUGCAUUCUGACAAAUGUCACCAAAACAGUUAAGACAUGCUUCACCUUUGAUUGUGUUCAGAAUCCUGUUAGAAUGCAAAUUAUUUUCUAGAAAUUGAAAAUAUAGUUUUCUUAUAAGUGACAUUUCUUUAUUACUUUUUGGGGCAGAAAUAUAUGCGUAUGUGCUUUUAAAUAUUAAUUUGGAAUAGAUUUUUAACCAUUUGCUGCUUUCAGUUCAUGAGAUAUGGAUACAUUUACAUUUUUAUGUAAGUGGUAUUGUUAUUUUGACUUGUGAAAAUCUUAAAAUAUCUUUUGUUUACAUUAAUGUUAAUGGCUAAAAAGUCACAGGUGGAUAGCAAUCACUAGAAAGAAAGCCAAUUCAACACCAGACUGUGUCCCUGUAAAGGAACUUCUGUGAAUAUCUUAAAGGUGUAUUGGAUCCUGACUUAUCAUUACAGAGCGCUUUAUUCACAAAUUCAAGCGAUGUGGUACGUUGAUGAUUAUCUUUCAAAGUUAUAAGUUGGAAUAAUACAUCUGUCACACAGCUAAAUUGGAGAACUUUUUUUCCCACCUUGCCCACUUUGGCCCACGUUCUGAAGCUCAGUAGCCAGGUCAUCACAAAUCACUGUUCAAAUGAAUAUAUCCCUUAGCAAAACGUGGGAUCUAGAAAAUGCAGAUCUCAUAACCUUGCUUUCAUUAUUGCAUGCAUUGGCCUGUUAUAAAAAAAAAAAAAAACGUGUUUAAAAAGGUUUAUUGUGGAAGCAUAUCAAAAGUAGAAUGUAUAAUUUAAAAAAACAUAAAAUAAAAAUGUAAUGCUUAAUACAUGAUUUAUUAUAGAGAAUCUGUAUAGUCAAGAUGAAUAUUGCAGAGCUUUAUGUAUUGGUAUUUCAUUUAUUUAUUAUUAUUAUCUUUUUUUUUUUCUUUAUGGUAGACAUUUGAAUAACUCCAGUCCAUUUUGUUUGUUUUUUUCUUUGUACACUUAAGACAGUACGUUUCUGCAUUGCUUGAGUUUCAUGCAUUCCUUUCUAAAAAGCUAUUGUGAUAGGCAGGUGCACAUCUAUUAAAAUGGAAAUCUAUGUGGUUUACAGGGUUGUUCAUUAAAGCAGAUUUAAUAAUGAGGGGCAUUUGGGAAGAGGAGGAUUUGGGUCACUGAGUUAUUGUAACACAAGGCUUAGCAGUCUGCUAAUUGCCUCCCAGUUGCUAUGUAUCAACUAAACCAAUAGUCUUCUCUGUCAGGCUGCACUUUUGUUUUCCAAUUUGAAAGUUAAUUUAUUUCUUUAAAAAUAUAAAUAAAAAAAUACUAACUUAGUUCUAGCAUGAUAACCGGCCGUGCUAAGAAUACAUAAUAUGUAAUGAAUCAUUCUUACAUCAUUAGUUUUAUGAAAUAUACACUGUUCCCUUUGAUUUGUGAUUUGUCAAUAUAAAAACAUUUUAUGAGGCUGAUUGUGUGUUCCUCUUUUGAAAUGUUCAGUUAUAAAAAAUGCAGUUCUACAGGGCUGAAUCAGUGCUGUGUUGUGGGAUAAGGCUCCCACCAUUAAUACAGUUAGGCCAGGAAUAGUCAGAAAGUAUAUCCCCCAGCCCCCAUGAUGCUUUGCUUUUGCGAAGGAUGAUUGAGUUGUAGUUAAAAAGCAGUGUGGGAUCUAUCUUUCAGCAACUGCUGGUUUAGGUAAUUUGACAAACUGUAAUAAGCAGAAUUUCUGUAUUAAAAUAAUUUGAUUUUAAUAUAUAUAAAUGCUUGGAUUUCUUUUAUUAGCAUUUUACUCUCCUUAUUAUAUAUGCUUGGGUUUUUAUUUAGCACAGAAGAUCAACAGGAGAGUACAUAAAGAAAUGCUUUAUUUUAUUAGAAAUUAGGAAGCAUAUUUUCUAGGUGCUAAAAAUAUUCUAUAGAGUAAAAAAAUAUAUUUUCAGCAUUCCAUGGCUUGCUAAAUCUCCCUCUACUAUUGUAGAAUUUAAAGCAAGUUAUUGCUUACCUCUGUUACAGUUUGCAAUAUAUCUCUAUUACUCAGUGGUUCUGUCUACUAAGCAGUAAAAUGUCAAGCUUACAAGUGACUUGCAAAAUUCAGUCCAAAAUCAUUUUGAAAAAAUUGUUUUUUAUUAUAUUAUGUAAUUCAUGCUAAAUUGUGAAUGCUGGUUGUCAGUAAACAAAUGUUAAUGAAUAGGUCCCUCUGCCUGUACUUCACACAUGCAAACCUACAAAGUCCUUCCUAGCUUCCUACCUGAUGGAUUACUUUGCUUUUCACUAUAAUGUAUUCUCGUCGUAUUCCCUAGCAUUAACAAUGUGCAGCAUUAUUUUGUCAACAAAAAUGUUAAGAUUACAGUAGAGAUACAAGUAAUUACUAACCAUUCCAAUUGCCAUAAUCUGACACUAAUUCAGUUUGUAAGAGAAAAGAGUCUAAUAUACAAUAACGCAAACCAAAUGGUUUGUUCAGAUCCCAGACCUAUAUAAUAAAACCAAGGUGAAUGUGCAUUUCCUAAAUUAAUCUACUCAUGCUAACAUGGCAAUCUCCUAUAUCUGUUAUUAGACUUGCGAUUUAAGUUCUUUGCAUGCAUGCGUGUAUGAAUAGGCCUUCAAUACACACAUUUUUUUUUUAACUAGUCUGUUAUUUAUUGCAUAGUGGCAGCAUGUUUGAAGAGGAUUCUCACACAAAUAUAGCUCAUUCAUGGGUAACAGAUUUACAGUAUAGAUCAACUGGAGUUCAUACAAACAAUGUAAUAAGUCCCAUAAAUCUGACACGAAUGUUCUACAUCAAGUACUGCAAUGUGAAAAAUACCAGCAGGCUACUGUAAUAUUAUCGCCUGCAAUGUUGCUAGCCCUCAUAUUAGACUGCAGAACUACUCACAUUGCUCACAAUACUUGGUGCAAUUGUCCAAUAUUUCUACAUUUUAGUUUACAGUGUACAAACAACAACAACAAAAAAGAAAACCGAGCAAAUAGCAACCAAAACUGAUCGGAAGCUUUGUCCGUUUGUCUGAAUAAGAUAUGUAGCACUACUGAUAAAGCAGUACAUUCUUAAUGUUCUUAAUAAUUACACUAGACCAACCUUUCUCCCACUGUCUGUAGUGUUCUGUACAUGUACAGGUUGGGUUGGCUGGUUAUGUGCACAGGGUUGACACAUUCUCUUGUUGGGCACUCCUUCAGUGUGUGCCAGUAGCGAAGCAUUUUUUCAAUCAUUCUGCUUUUUUUUAAGUCAGUGUUGGGAAAUAUGUUUCUAAUUGCUAUGAAUUCAGAUAAAUGCCGAUGUGUAGUAGAGUGUGAAUCAUUUGUUCACAUACACAGAAAUAUUCUAAUGUAGAUAUACUCUAUAACUCUCAAGGCUAUAUGAGUGUGUGUAUGUAUCUAUAUUACAAAUAACUGGAUCAACGUACUUGAUGUUGCUAUAUGGUGCCAAAUCCCUGGCCACAAUAAUAAAAUAAAUCAAAGGAGAGCAGUAAGUCCAGUGAGUGCUCUCCUCCUUCGAUUUAUUAACUACAUUAGGGACACCGUGAAAUUAUCUAGUUUGAAUACUAUGCAGUACCCCCCCCCAACAUGUCUUGUCCACUUGCAUGUUGGCAGCUGAGUGAAGAGUUGGAAUACCUACCUAAACUCUCCCUCCACACACCAGCCAUUGUCCAAUUUUUAGUUCCUAAUAGAUGAGAUGAAUCUACCCUGAGCUACGUCAUCUUUGAACGCUCACCGAUGUGCAAGAGUAUGACACCAGGAUUUGUGGAAGAACCUAGAGGACCUCGAUAGAUCUUCUUCAAUCUGUGCAUUGAGAUGCUAUUGGUAUUUGCUGAAAAUCACAUAAAAGAAUGCAUUUUCCCAUCAGUCUGUGUGAGUGGCGGCUGAUGCAAAAUGGCAAACUGCAGCAGGUAGAAGCUGAUUGCAGCUCCGAUUUUUACCAUAUUUAGCUCAAAAAUUAUUUUGCAGGAUGUCUGGGUGGGAAAUGCUUCCUGUAUCAAGCAAGACCAUGUUGAUCCUUCCAGCCUUGAUUGAUACAAGAAGGAAUAAAACACUUGGAUGAUUGAUGAGAGAGACAUUUCAUGGUUCUGCGAGCUAUGGCCUCAAUUUUAAUAUUCUUGGAUAAGCAUUUUAAGUAAUCACAAUGUGCUAGAAAAAUGUUUCAAAUGAUUUAUCUCCAAAAAUUCCCAUAGACUUCAAUAGUGUCUUCUGUAGAUAAAUCAUUUGAAACGUUUUUAGAACAGAUUGUGAUAGUUUGAAAGGCCUGUCCAAAAAUAUUAUAUUGAGGCUUUCAUUGAUGGGCUUUGGGUGGUGGGGAAUUCUGUAUAUUAUUCACUAACCACCUGUCAACAUUUUGACAGAAAGUGAAGUUACUGCUCCUAUAUCAUCUUGCAUCACAACCACUGCAAUAAACUAUGGUGGCUAUGGAGUGUACGGUAUUUGGCUGCUAGGUGUAGACAAAAUUACAGAUAAGGCCGUGCCCUUUUUGGAGCCUAGGGCUUACUCAGCUCACUAGUUUGCCCACUUAUUAGUUUGCACAAAAAUCAUUAACAUGGACCAACUGCUAAAGAAAAAUAGUUCUUUUAAUAAAUAUUUUAUGAUAGAUUUUAAUCAAUAAAGGCAAAGCUAUUGGUAGUCAGGGUGAAAUGUUUUAAACAUUUUUGUUAAAAUAUUUGUAAUACAAUAUUUUUAAAUGGCAGCGAUUACACCCAUUAUACACUCUCGGGGCAUUUUGGAAAUGUGUGAAUUUACCGUGCCUCCUUCUCUGUCUUCCGAUUUUGGCAGCAUUUUUGUACAUGAGUCAGGCUAAAUCAUUUUCAGUGUAUUGCUGUCUUGAGCCAGUAGUUAAAAAGAGAAAAUGAUGGUAAUUAUAUUCUAGACGCAAGUGAUUUAUAAUGUAAUGCAUUUAAUAUAUAAUUAAAAACAAAACCUAAAAAAUAUGGUUCAAAAUUUGGAACAAAAAAACUUUUUUUUUUUGUUUAAUUCUCUAUUUAUUCAUGUGCAUCUUUUUCAUAUGUAUCGGUAAUAUAAAAUUUUGAAAAUCCAUUUUCUAUACUAAAUUGCCAGGACAGACAUUGUGAUAUUGUCUCUCUCUGACUUACACGGGAUAGAAUGGCAGACUCUUUCAAACCGACUGUUUGCAUUUUGCAGUAAUUGCCCAUCAAAUGUUAUGACAUGCUUAUAAAAGGGAAAGUUACCACAUUCUGGUCUGCUCUGAUUUUGUUAGUAAAACAUGCCUACAUCCGUUACAUAUUAGCUGCUCACCAGCGUUGUAGCUUCCUUCUUACCAGAUCAGCCAUACUCAAGGUCUUGGAGUAAAGUCUCCCGAGCAAUAAAGGUUAAGGAAAUGAAGUAAUGCAAUUGUCUGAGCCCGUCUGAUAUGAGCAGUUAGUUAUUUACUGUAAUCAUAUUUGGCAUUUGCUUCAUGCUUCUUCUAUUCUGUGCUGCUAAUUCUAUAAUUUCAGUCUUUAAAACGGAUUGCUCUUUAUUCGGCCUUUAAAUCUUAUAAUGACAAAUAACAUCAAUAUGUAUAUUUAACUACUCUAAACCACCAAGGUGCCUAAGGGGAAGGCAAUUUAGUACAUUAAUUCAUAAAACAUGUUAACCAUUCGAUCUCUGGGCUAAUUUAGUUGCUACUGUUCUUAAAAGAACCUCUGCUUUUUUUAAAACAAAAAUAAUGUUUCUUUUUCAAUUCUACAAUGUGCAGUGUGCAUGUAUUGUGUAUGCGUAUAUAUAUAUAUAUAGAUUUUUUUUUUUUAUUUGCAAUCAGCUCAUUUGUAUUAUUUUUUGGGGAAAAAGUGAGCAAAGAAAAUCUCGCUUUAGACGAGUGUAUAAUUAUAUGUUUGAUCACAUAAUAUUGAAUAACUUACAAAAUUCAUUUUGUAGAAAUUAAUGAUCAGGUAUUGAGGUGUAGAAAUCUCUCUAUUUUUAAAAAAAAUAUAUAUUUUACCAACUCUUUGUUCAAUAAAUGGAUAGACCUACGAGAGCUGGGAGAUGCCACGUUUUCAUAAUGACGUAUAUGUAAUAUAAAAUUUUUGGGGGAGAUUUUGGGUGGGGUGUGGACACGCAUCAGGUUCUCCUGUAGGCAAUGACAGCUAACAGCGCCCUCAUCAAUCAGAAAGGCCGUGAAGCACACUGCAGUCAGGCAAACUUAUUUUUAAGUUGUAAUAACUUUUAAAUGAAACAUCUCUCAGCAGUAGGAAUAAACUCGUUUUACGUAGCGUGGAAAAAGGCUGAAUGCCAGGAUCAACCAGACAUCCAUAAAGGAUGCAGUGAUUUAAAAACUCUGGACUGCUUCUCGUAACACUUGCAAUGGAAUCUCUAGCUCUAAGUUUCAUGCUGUGGAACUGUUACUUUGUGAAGUGCCAUGUUAUAUCAUGAAGCCAGACUGAGUGAAAAGAGAAAGAGAGUUAUCAUGGGCAACAACAGACAUAGAUAACAAGGAAGGAAAAAGACCAAAAUAUUACAAUUUAGGAAUCAGGAUGUGGAUAGGAUAGUUAUGGUUUUAAUCUCAUAAUCUGUCAGAUAACAGAUAAUUUACAAGGUAAUUUUUUUUCUUUGCAUAAUUUUACCCAUAUGCUUGUAAUUGAGGAAUUAAAUAAAUCAUAGGAACUUUAAUGAAACCACUGAUUUAUAAUAUUUUUUUAAACUUUUUUUUUUUUAAUGGACAAAAUUAAUUUUGGUUACAGUACUUAAUGUAUUCAUUUAAAACAUCACCAUUCAUACUUGUAGUGUAUUUUAAGCAGAAAUGUUCAGAUAUAUUUUGACAUAAUAUUUGUAAUUUUGCGUACAGUUAAAUAAAGCAGAUAUCAAUUCUAUAUUAGGAUUUAUUAAUAAAAUGUUUUUGUCAUUUAUGACAGAGCAGAGAACAUAGUUGUCAUAUUUAAUAUGUUUGCUCCGUGUACAGAUGCAGAGUUAUUCACCAAACUCUAAAUUUCAACAACCUAAAUCUGAACGGCAAGAGUUAAAUAAUUUCUCCAAAUCAGUUAUUAUUUAACCCAAUGUUGCUGUAAGGGUUUAAUCUAUUAUAAUACACAGGGCUACAACAAUCCACACAGAAAAUGAGCAAUACUAUCUCACUAUUUUGGCCUUUGUAUAGCAUUCUGACAUUAAUUUGCCUCUUUUGACUACAAUUUGAAAUUCCGUUAUAAAUUAUUUUAAAAUUUCAGUUGAGAACUUGUCACAACUCCUGGUUUAGUUUCUAAUAUGCCCUAGAGUUUAGGUACUACUUUCUUCUGUGCUUUUUACUUUCUUUGAAACAUUUGUGAAAUAUGUAAUACUGAUUUGGCAUAAUGUACUUUAGUUUUUAGACAUUCUUUCAUCCCGUGUUGGGCAGUUAGCUAUUGAUUAUCUAUGUACCAUGUCCUUAUAAAAGAAAAACUUAAAAAAAUAAAAUAAAUAACAAUAAUAAUAAUGCUCUGAUGAAGUCGGUAUACAAUGUCUAUUAUUCUUAUUUUUUUUAAUAAUCAUAGUGUCUUCCAUAUAAUAUUUCUGAUUUUCCAAAGAUUUUUUUUUUAUUAUUAUUUUUAUUUGUAUUUUUCUUAAAAUAGCAUAUAUUCAAUUAUUUUUCUUUAUUUUUCAGUAAAGUUAGUGAACAGGAGAACCUGUGUCAAAAAUGAUCUAUUCCAAGGAUGUAAAAUAGUUACUAUGAUGUCUUAAAGCUGCGAGUCUUGAAUAAAAAUUAUAUUUUCAAUAAUUGCAGAAUAGAUCAAAGAGCCAUACAUUGCUAAAUCCUCAGGUAACCAUAUGGUUAAAUUUGUAGGUAUUAGAUAGUGUGGACAAAAUAUGCUUCAUCACUUAACCCACUGAGUGCCAGCAUUUAACCCCUUGGGAACCAGGUGCAGGACGUGAUAUAAUAUAAAUGGAUUUACCUAACCCUUUGCUCGUUAAUGGAUUUAAACUCGUAUUAGUGGCAAAACAUGAAUGAUAUAGUUGUCUGAGCAGGACAAGUCACCUAGUUACCUCUUGUCCUUGUUCGCCUAAUUUUGUUAUGAUUUUUACGUGUCUUUAAACCAUUGUACAGAAUAUGGUUUUUUUUACUCAUAUGUGGAUUGCAGAAAAUUAACCUUUUUUGGAUAUAUAAAAAACUUACGUGGCUGAUUGUCUCUUAGGGGUAAGUUAAGAUAUCUUGUAAAAUUUAGAUCAGAAUGGCUGAAUUGUAAAAUUAAAUGCCCUGGAGAACUGUCCUACUCGGCCUUCGGGCCUAAAAUUUACCUCAUUCAGUAGCCCUUACUCAAUGCUUAGAGAAAUUAUUUUAAUUGUGCCAGGUAUAAAUGUAAUUUUACUUUGCACAGUUUGUGCCUUACUUACAACCUUACUAACUUUUUUUUCAAAGGGAUUGAAUUUUUAUGAUGCUGUGAUUAUCACACAAUUUAUUAAUCAUUUUGGUUUUAUUUUACAUAUUUCACAUUUUGUUAUCAUCAUUAGUGACUAGUCUAUAAAAUAUUUUUUUUUUAUAUUAUAUAUAACACAAGUUGCUAUUUUUUCCAUCAGUCCUUUUUCGUUAGUAACUGGAUGCAUGGGGCAUGCUGUAUAAACAUCUAUCUGUAAACAGUGACUUUUAUUGAAAAUAAAGUUUACUUUUGGAUAUUUUUUCACUAGUUACCAGCCUAAGCCGUCACUGUUACUGGCACUUCAUUCAUUUUAGUGAUCACAGAGCUAUGUAAAUAUGACAAUCUCGACUGGCCAAAUCCUUUUGUAACCCAGCAUUAGUGAAUAUCUAGGUGCAAUAAGGGAGUCUGCAGUUUGCAUAUACUUACACAAUAGAUGACAGCUUAAUAAUGUCUUCUAUUUUGUGUUUUUGUUCUGGAGUUUUGUCAGCCUUUGUAUGAGGUCUGACCUCUGCUUUUGCUUUGUUUCAAAAGGGCAGCUGUGUUACUUUAAUUUGUGGGAUUGUGGAAUGUUGGAUUGACGUGAAAUGACUGGCCAUGGGAGCUUGUAUAGACUAUGGAAAAACAAGUCAUUACCUAAAGUAUCAACGCCAAUAGCUAAUUUGUAUUAUCCCUAACUGACAGGGAAUGCAACCUUUGGAAUAUAGAUUUUACACAGUGGCUACAUGUGUACUGCUAAGUCAAACAAUGCUAAGCACGGUCAGACAUUGCAAACAUGGGCUUGUAUCUUCCACACAAAGACAACACUUGACUGAUAUGGCUGGAUGGGAAACUUUAUAAAUUGUUUAUCUAAAUCUUCACUCGCUGAUUUUAUGUUUAAUAAAAGACAUGUUCCAAAGUAUGGGUACAUCUGGUCUAAGUCAACUCAUGUCUCUGAAAUUGUGAUGUUGGGUAUGUAUAAAAUGUUGGAUUAGACAAAUUAGCAAGGUUUUUUUUUCACUCCAUAACUGUCUUGUUUUUCAGUCAGGAAGUUCAUAUCAUUUUUUACGCAAUAUGUUAAAUUUAUGUUUUAAAAUGUCUUAGCAGGAAAAGUGCAUUGAGAUUUGCAAGUUCUUUCAGUUCUCUCAUUUAUAAUUAUUAUUAUAUUCACUAGAGACUGCUUGACUUCCUAUAUUUAUAACUUGUUUGUGUUUAGGUUAGGUGGAUAUCCGUGUUCAUAUACGAUGCUUUUGUACUACAUUCAUGGUUCAUUUUACAAAUAGACUAAACUGAACUGCCCAUCUUUGUUAAUGCCUGGAUAUUUCCAUUAAGUGACAUUAUAUUUCACUAAGUGGGAAGGGCUUGGCCACAGUUUUAUUUAAAGGAACACUAUAGUCAUACACUGCCAGACUGACAGCAUCCUGGACUUUAGACUGUGGGCCUCCUCAAGCCAAUUUCACAUGGUCCAGCCAUGGAUGUACCCCAGUGUUAAAGGAACACUCCAAACACACAAAUCACUUGAAGUCCUUUAUGUGUCUGUCAUUUUUAUUUCAGUUUAUGAAUAUCGGUGUAUAGUGUAGAGUGGUUUGUAUUUAUGCAGUGUGUGAAUGUGGGGUGUAUUUAUGCAGUAAUGCAGUGUGUUUGAAUUGUGAGGUGUAUUUUUGCAGUGUGUGAUUGUGGGCUGUAUUUAUGCAGUGAACUAGUGUUUGAAUAGUGGGGUGUAUUUAUGCAGUGAAGCAGUGUGUUUGAAUGGUGGGGUGUUUUUAUGUAAUGAGGCAGUGUAUUUGAGUGGGGCGUGUAUAUAUGAAGUGAGGCAGUGUGACUGUGGGGUGUGAGGAACACCGUCUUUAUGUGUGUGUGUGUCGGUAUGUCUGUCUGUGUGUCACAGUGAGGCUGUGCCAAUGUGGGUUGUAUUAAGCAGUGAGGCUGUGCCAAUGUGCAGAAUGCUUGGUUGUAUAGGAAGAGGUAUUAGCAGUAGAAAGAGGGAAGUGCUCAUGCCAUUGUACAGAACACUGGUACCUCACUUGGAGUAUUGUACGUAGUACUGGAGACCGUAUCUUCAGAAGGAUAUUGAUACCUUAGAGAGGGUUCAGAGAAGGGCUACUAAACUGGUUCAUGGAUUGCAGGAUAAAACUUACCAGGAAAGGUUAAAGGAUCAUAACAUGUAUAGCUUGGACAUUUAAAUAUAUAAAGGGAAUCAACACAGUAAAGGAGGAGACUAUAUUUAAAAGAAGAAAAACUACCACAACAAGAGGACAUAGUCUUAAAUUAGAGGGGUAAGGUUUAAAAAUAAUAUCAGGAAGUAUUACUUUACUGAGAGGGUAGUGGUUGCAUGGAAUAGCCUUCCUGCUGAAGUGGUAGAGGUUAACACAGUAAAGGAGUUUAAGCAUGCGUGGGAUAGGCAUAAGGCUAUCCUAACUAUAAGAUAAGGCCAGUGACUAAUGAAAGUAUUUAGAGAAUUGGGCAGACUAGACAGGCCGAAUGGUUCUUAUCUGCCGUCACAUUCUAUGUUUCUAUGUUUCUAUGGGUUGUCUUUAUGCAGUGAGGCAGUGUAUUUGAGUGGGAUGCAUUUAUGCAGUGAGGCAGUGUGAAUGUGGGGUGUAUAUAUGAAGUGAGGCAGUGUGACUGUGGCGUGUAUAUAUGCAAUGAGGCUGUGCCAAUGUGGGCUGUAUUUAUGCAGUGAGGCUGUGCCAAUGUGGGCUGUAUUUAUGCAGUGAGGCAGUGAUUGAAUGGUGGGGUGUAUUUAUGCAGUGAGACAGUGUGUUUGAAUGGUGGUGUGUAUUUAUGAAGUGAGGCGGUGUGACUGUGGGGUGUGAGGAACACCGUCUUUAUGUGUGUGUGUGUCGGUAUGUCUGUCUGUGUGUAUGUGUCAGUAUGUCUGUCCGUGAAUAUGUCUGUGUAAGUAUGUAUGUGAAAGGUGUGAUUGCAAGCCAGGGAGCCCAGGAAAAUGCUUAACCCAGGGUCCUAAUGAUAUUAAAGAUGGUCCUGGUGAGGAAGUGUGUGCAGUGUUCGUAUAUAUGUGUACAGUUUGUUUAAGGGGCUUUAAUAGGUUGUGUGUGAAAGCAUGUUACACCCCCUACUCUCUUAAUUGUGCCUGGACUUCCCAGGCCCCCUCUGGUUUCUCACACAGUCACCCCUUAAAACCCACACAUCCACUUUUCCUCCCAGCCCCCACUUACAGCUGCCAGCUCUGUGAGGGAGAGAGAAGCAGGGACAUGACAUACUUCCGAUCCCACCCCCUCCACACCGGCUGAGCUGCCAACCGGAUAGAUUAGCUUCUGCAGAAGCUGAUGGUAAGUCAUGUGACAGUAUUAACUCGUUCACGUUUCAGGAACAUGGUAGGAGAGCUGGGGGAGGUAGAGGGAAGGAAAGUUUUUAACAGGGCCCUAUGGUCUUAGGGCCCAUCAAAGCUGAAUACCAGGUUGGGGAGUUCUGUGAAUUUCCCAGCUGGUUUAUUGCUUCUCAUCGGCAUGUGGCCCCCAAGAGCCUCGGGCCCUCGGUCCAUGAUCGAACUGCUCGAGUUUUACAUUUCAAAUUUAGAUUGUUUAUGCUAUAUAGAGGAAAAUAAAGUAUAAUACGGUAAAUGCAGUAUUUUACAUGGACGUUGUAAUUGGCAUGCACGUUAGGAAUAUAGUAAGAAGUUAAUACACAAUUGAACUUACAAUCUAAACAGUGAAAUGGCGAGGUUGUACACCAUAUUACCCUUUAGAUAUCUAGCAUGCAUACUAAUAUAUUAAUGAAUACUAGCUAGGAAAAAAAGACUAAACUCUGCAAGAUGGAGCAUAUAUAUCCUCCAACUUUCAAACUGUUAACUGUCCUUUUCUGGUAAAAAGUCUGGUUAUUUGAUUUGUUUGUUGAUUUUUUCUGAGCAUUUUUGUAUAUCAAAAAGCUAAUGUAAUUAUGAUCGAAAAAAUUGCUAACAAAUGUUUAAAUUAAAUGGCAUUAAUUGCCAUCUUAAUAAGGAUGAUGUAUGGUACAUACAAAAUUUAUUUGGUUAUGAGAGUGUUAAAAUCAGUGCAGUGGAAGUAUCAACACUUACUAUUGUAAUAAGUGAAUCUGAAAAUAUCAUAAAAUGUAGCUCAACUAGGAAGGUCAACAUUUUUCUUUCACAAUAAAAUGGCACGUCAUUGAAUUACAGAACAGAAGUCUAGUAAAUGUUUCCUAAUAAAUCACUAGAAGAAAGGAUCUGGGUGCUAAAUAGUGCUUAUUGGAACAGUGUAUAGAAAUAUGCUUCACACUCAGGUGUUGUCCCCAAAUUCACCUAUAGAAUAUAAUUUGCAAAAGUGAGUGGCGCAAUAUAGAACACAAUAUUAAAAGAUUGUAUACAACCUCUUUAGGUAUUAGAGGAUUUAUUCCAAGAAAUAAAGGAAUAUGUAAGAGAAAAAAAAAAUGCAAUGAUAGUGCAGAUUGCAUUAAACUGACACUAAUUAUCAAUUAACAUUGCUAAAUGAUCCCAUUUGUGCAUAGUCUUAUUUGCAAGUAAUCUUAUUUGCAGAUAGUAAUAUAAUAUAGCAUCAAUUGUAAAGGGUUACUUAAUGAACAAUUUAUUGUCUGCUACAUGCAGAGUUAAAACCAAAAUAUUAAACAGAAAUAUAAUAUAAAAUAGACAACAGAGGAUCGCUAGCCUCUUACUGAAUGAGGUGGUGAAUUAAACCGGCUUCCGCCGUUACUCACUAAAACAGCUUGUGAAAAAUCAAUGAGUGGGCUACUGUCUCCUUCUCCGGUUCGGCUGGGCUGUAGUUCCACUGCUGCAGUCAGUAGAGAAAUACGUAUAGACCCAAGUUCGAAGUUAGCCGCCUCGAGUUCCGACCAGCAUAAGCUCCUCCCCCACAAAUGACGUUGACGCGUUUCACCGUAUGACGGCUUCCUCUGGACGUGCUACCGACCGCCAUGUCGGUUAUGGGCAUAUAAAGGAUGAAGUCAUGAUCUGAUUGGUUAGCUUGUUUUGCCUUAAUUUGCAUACGGUCCUUUUGCCUUGCCGACUUAAGAUCUUAUCUAGCCAAAGUACUAUGCUUUCAAUUUAUAUACAAUUAUAAUUACAAAUUUAUACAGUUACAAAUACAUAAUCCAAAAUCCAAUACCGGUAUAUAUUUCAAAUGAGCUUUCAAUUAAGAAUAAACUUUCAAUUAAGAAUAAUUAAACAUGAUAAACAGUAAUUAGAGGGAAUCUUAAAUGGAGACUAGUAAGUAGUUAAAGGAACAGUAAUCAUUUUGCAUUACUCCAUAGUAAUUGUUGUAAGCAUGAAUAUGAUAUAUUAAAAUUCUCAAUUUCUAAACAUAAACAUAAUAAAAAACAAUAAAUCACAAUAAUAGAUCAUAUGCAUAAUACCUUAAUGGUAUAUUUAAAAAAAAUCCCAAAACCUGCUCAGGAAAUAGAAUGGAAGAGGAGAAUAAACAUAUGGAAUAAAUACAUAUCAAUUGACACUUAAAAAUAAAUAUAAACAAAUCAAAAUAAAUUCUAUACAAAAAUAGAUUAAAACAGAAGGGAAAGAAAGGGAUAAAGUGUAAUAAAUUGUGAUAAAUUUAGAUCUCAUGGAGAAGUGGAGUUAAACAUCGCAUGGAUAUCAGACUAAAAAAUCUAUCAAUUAAAAACCCUCUAAAAAGAUUCCAAAAUUGGAUAAUAUAUCAAUUCGUAAAAUAUCAAAAAUAUAUAAAAAAAUAAAAAUAAUAAUAAAAUCAGAUCUUUAUCUUAAAAAAAAUGACAUAUCUCAAAAUCAUUAUUAAAGCCAUGAGGGAUCAUAGAUCCAUUUCAUUUCGGCCAGUCCUAUCUUUAUAUUAAAAUCUCCACCUCUCCAUUCCUUAUGGACCUGUUGGAUCCCUGUAAAACUUAAUUUUGUGGGGUCUGCUUCAUGAUGAUGUUUAAAAUGUAGAGAAACCUGAUGCAAUGCGUAUUCCCUCUUAACAUUAUAUAUAUGCUCACCUGUACGCGUACGCAAAGGUCUGGUGGUGCGUCCUAUGUAGUGUAAUCCACACGUACAGAUGUGUAUUUAGUAUGUGUAUUCUUCUCCUCUUGAUACUUUAAAAUCUCUGUUCUGUCUAAUAAAUCACUGCCAAUAAUUAUCCAAAAUCACGCUGAUGGAAUGUGUUAAGUAUUUAGACACAGUGGAGUCCUUAUUAAAUCUACAUUAUUCUAAUGUAGAUUUACAUACAAAUCUCGUACAGCAGGAUACGAGGAGAAAAAAAGUUUUCCCAAAAAAUCAUAGAUUUCAAUGCAUUUUGAAUUAUGUAGAAUUACGUUACAUAACAUUGUGAGAAUUAUCUUACAUUUUUCAAUAAUCAUUUCCUUGGAUGCUAGAGUGGUGAAGUUACCAAAAGAAGAAUAGGAAAUGUGUAACAGCCAAGAAAAGAUUGGAAUAUCUUGAUAUCUGUAAUCAGUGGUGUAUCCUGGUUUUGUGCUGCCCUAUGCAGGACAGUCAGACACACACACACAAACACACUCACUCACUAGCAGACACACUCACUCACUAGCAGACACACACUAGCAGACACAAACACUCACUGACACACACACUCACAGGCACACACACUCACACUAACAGGCAAACACACUCACACUAACAGUCAGACACACACACACUAACAGUCAGACACACACACACUCACUAACAGACAGACACACACUCACUCACUAACAGACACACACACUAACAGACACACUCACUGACAGACACACUCACACACACUAACAGACACACUCACUCCCAGACACAGACACACACACACUAACAGACACACUCACACACACACUAACAGACACACUCACACACACACACACACACACACUAACAGACACACUAACAGAGAGUGGAAACAGUAGGUAGAGGAGAUAUAGGAGAAAUGUAAUGUUAGAGAUGGUUAGGAAAGAUAAAUGUUGCUAUAAAUGAUGCUCAGGAUAAGGGAACAGAAAGUAUUAGGUAUUGCAGAAAAUAAAAUAAAAGUUAAAGCGGCACUGUCACUCCACCCAAAAAAAUGAGUAUAGAAUCUUUAUAAAAAACAAAUUUUCAUUGCGUUGGAAUGUUAUGGAGAUUCCAUCCCAGUCAAGAGAUAUGCUGAGACAAAGUAGGGACUAAAUUGUCUCUGUAUAUUUCCUACGCCUGCCACUUUUAGACACUGGGCAGUGCAGUGUCCUUUCCCCCAGGCGACACCAGUGGAGGCUGCUUGGAAAUCAGAUCUAUCAAUGUAGGAUCCUGUGGUCUCAUGCGUGACCCCUCACCUCCAGUAGUGAUUUCAUCAUUGGGGGUCUUUGCAAUUCUACAAAGUCCCCAGACGGUGACAGUGCCAUUUUGAAGGAAAGAACUGACUCAAAAUUCUAGAGAAAGAUGCAGAGAAAAGACGGGAAGGAAAGUUGUGAAGUGGAACGUGGGAGAAAGAAAGAUGGAGUGGAGAAAAGCACCUUCGGAAAAGGAAAAAGAUUGAGAUAGUCUUCCGUGGCAAGAGGAGAGAGACGGGUUUUAAGGUUAUUUUCUAUAGAGCAACAGUAAUGCAAAGUAUUCAGAUUAUUAAAUGUUUAAAGUGAACCAGUAAUAAAAAAAUGAAUUUACCUAAAAUUGCUCCAAUAUACAUUGUAUACACCAUAUUUCAUAAAGAUACAUGGUGUAUUCAAUGUAAAAUAUAGAGAUUUGCUCAUUUUUCCUCCACUUCGUGGAUGUUACUCUUCGUCCUGCACUCUGCCUCAGCUCCUCCAGAGGUCUUCUUUGAUUUGCCCUGUUUGGGACACAUCCCCAAGCAGUACAAAUUUGGUCAGUGACGUUGGCAUGCUGGCUUUAUUGCCAAUAUUGGAAUGGUCUGAUGUUACGUCACUUUCUUCUUUUACUCUCUAGCCAGAGCUAUGGGUGGAGAGCAGAAGGACCUCCUGUGAGAAGUCUUUUCUGCUCUCCCUUGUCAGUAAAUGCCUCUACACUUGACAACUAGGAAAAAAAACACCUUUUUUAAAAUAUCUAAAAAUAUUAUGCUCAAUCUAAUCAGCGUACGUUGUUUGGGCCAUGACAGGUGCCAUUUAACAUGCAAUCCUGUUUGUCAGUGCUGUAGAAUGGUGGUGUGUGAGAAUGAAGAGGAACCAGAUAGAGACCUAGGAUGUAGGGGAAGAUAGGAGGUUAAAAGAGACAGUGUGGCUAGAGGAAACAAGACACAAUAGACACAUUGAAAGUGAAGCAUGACCAGCAGAUGAGGAAAGGAGGUGGAUGAUUUGGAAAGGAGACAUGGUAAAGGGGGGAGGUUAAUGUAGCUUCAAAAAAGAGGCAUAUCUUCAAAGUAACAGCAGACACACAUUUUCUGUAAUAAUUAUGCUGUCAAAGAGCAAGAAAAAAAAAAGGACAAAAAUCAUAUAUUUUCUACGAAAUAUGGAAUAAAAUUGAACUCUCAACAUAUGAAGUGAACAAAGAGUGACACUUUCAUUUUGGAAGUGUGCGCAGGGGUGUGACCAGGGGCUCUUCUGUGACUUACUAAUAACAAUGAAUGCAAUUAAAAUUCAAUGUAGAACAACAGAUCAUAUUUACACAGACUGAUUUCUAAAUGUAGUUAUUCUAAUUUAAAGACACAUUACUGUGUGUAUUAUUGCUGUGAGGCUCUAUUAUGCAUUCAGACAAACCAAUGAUAUAGAACUCCUGGAAAAGAGGGACAUUAGGAUAGAAAAGCGGGACAGAGGGACAGACCCAAAAAUAGGCACUGCCCCUCCUAAAUAGGAACACUUCUGUGGCAUGAAAUAUCAAUAGCAUUAUUAGACUCCUAGCAUUCCUUGAUUAAGCCAAGAAUUGACAAAAAAUGACAUAUUUUAGGCAAAAACAAUCAUACUGGAGAAAUAUCUGAGUUGUAGAAUGUCCCAGUUUGUGAUUUCUUUAACCGUUCUCUGUAAUGUCUUUUAUACUCUCCGUGCAGUUUGCGAGACCACAUUCCCAUUAUCUCUAAACAGCUUCUGUGGCAGUUGUAUUAUUCUAGCCCCUCAUAUAUCUCUUCACAGAUCCAUAGGUAUGCCCCUUCUCCAUCUCUCCGCUCUGCCCAUGAGCACCUCCUGUUGGCUGUUCGCACCUUUAUGGCCAACUAACGCUUGCAGGACUUCUCGCGGGCAGCUCCCUUCCUAUGGAAUAGCCUGCCUACCACCAUCAGACUCUCCCCUAGUCUUCAAUCGUUUAAAGUGCCUGAAAACCCAUCUCUUUAGGAAAGCUUGUGGCCUCCCAGAGUAACCUCUACCUCACAUACCUGUCUCUUGCUCUCUCCUAAAGGGCAGCACUCUACUCUCUACUCCAGCUCUGCUUCACUCCCACCUUAUUUAAUUGCUAUUUCCUGUCCUAUUGUGUUUUACACCCCACCUCCUAUAGACUGUAAGCUCGUUUGAGCAGGGUCCUCUUCAACCUAUCGUUCCUGUAAGUUUCCUUGUAAUUGUCCUAUUUAUAGUUAAAUUCCCCCCUUUCAUAAUAUUGUAAAGCGCUACAGAAUCUGUUGGUGCUAUAUAAAUGGCAAUAAUAAUAAUAAUCUGCAAAUUGUUUUAUUUUGUCUGUUGGCCAACGAGUGAAUUCAGGCACUUUCCAAAAAUGUUAUCUCCUAAUGCAUGCCUGGCUUGUGUGAUGCUUAUGACAUGAGAUAACAAACCCUGUACAGAGGAUUUUGUUCUAAUCUAUUCCUAAUGAUCUUACCAUUCUGCACAAACCCCUCUGUUUACCAGGCACAAGUUCAGAUCUUUUACAUUAUCCCUUCACAGUUUGAAACACCAGUAGUUUAAGAACUGAAUUAUGGCCUCUCAGUAUUCAUUGUACUGCAUCACACAGUCCUAUUGAGUUUAUCACUUCUCCAAUUAAGGACUUGUGGUAUCGGGUUAGUUUCAUUUAACACUGUGGAACUUAUCAAGAGACAGCGAAAUCUGUUUAAUUAUUCAAAUUUAACCGAUGAAAAUAUUUCAAUUCAUCUAGUUUAAAGAAAACCGUAAUGAACUGUGAAGUAAAUUUAUCAAAUAGACUAAAGUUAUGUCUAUGUCAAACAUGUCACGCUGUAUGCUAAAUAAUAAAAAUUCAUAACGCUUAAAAGGGGUGAUGAAGGAUGAGCUUUUUUUUUUUAACUAACAAAACACUGAAAUACAAAAAAUAUUAAAAAUAUUUAGUAGAUGCAGGCUGGAUCCUUAGGAUCCUGUGCCGGGGGAGGCUUGCUUUUCGCUUGGAGAUACUGUAAGCUCAUUGGGGUGGACCCAAGACUUUUUCUUUUUCCAGAGCAAAAAUGUAGCAAUGCAAGAAAUAUUUUGUAUAUGCAACUAAUUUAAGUCCCAUAGAUGAUAUAAAUGAGAAUCUAUUACUUGUGUGUUUGUUUUUGGUGUUGGUUAACACUAAAAACCCUUCAAAUCUUCAAGUGGGAAUUUCUGUUAAAUUUAUUAUAGCCUAGUUUAAUGAGAAGGAUACUGAUUAAUGGGAAUAUUAUAAAAUAAAGACAUUUGCAACCAAUAGAGUAAUAUGUUUAACCUUUUUUUACUUUUUACAGCUCUACGGCUAUUGCUAUCAAGACAGCAAUGAUAUUUCGGACACAUUAACUACUAUCACUGAACUGGGCUCACCACUGGAGAUGAUUCAGCUACUGCAAUCCUCGUGGGAGGACAGAUUUCGGGUAAGUAACCUUUUUUUUACAGUUGUACAAGUAUAUUUUAAUGAAAAAUAAUACUUUUUUUUAUUUGUGCUAAAAGUAUGUUUUGCUUUGACCCUGAUAUUUUCAGAAGCUUCACAGCAAAAACAAUAUAAUAUUUAGUGGUAAUGCUUGUGUAACACAAUGAUAUGUUUUUGUCUCAAAGUGUGAUUAAAGAAAAUAUAACUUUAUUUGGAAAGUAAUCGCUAGUUCUAUAGGCAAAAGAUCUGACUGCUUUUGGGCAUUAUUUGCCAAUUUCCUCUUUCAUUUUUAUUGAAAAAAAAAAAACAUACAUGGUUAAUUACUAAAGUGAGAAUUCAGUUUAUAUUAACUUCAAAGGCAAACAAGGAAAAUAUCUACCAAAUCAUGUUUUUAGUUCACUUUUUUUGGUCUAAAAUUUGAAAUUCAUUUUCAAUUAGAUUCCCCAACUAUUGAAUGUGUGUGGUAUCAGAGUCAAAUAUUAUUAUUAAAUUAAAUCAGCCCUCUUUGUCUAUUAUCACUGAAUAUAUUUUAAAAAAAAAUCCAUGUGACUUAACAGUGCAUCUUCUGGCUUGCUUUGCUAUUUGGAGGUGAAAGUAUUUUAAUUUCUCCUCAUAAGCACAAAAGAUGAUUUCAAAAUGGCAGCCUCCAUUUUUAAUUUAGUUAUGCAUUUUAUUGUUGGGUGUAUAUAUAAAAACAGCUUGCAAAAGCUGAAGAUCUCUUGUCUGCAGCCUUUGCAAACCCUCUUCUUCUAACCCCGCCCAGAUUUUUUGUGACUGUCCAAUCACAGACUGCCCAAUGCAGCUCAGUGAGAAAUCCUUGCAAGGCAGGUGCUCUGGACAAUUGCUGCCUCUUGAGUUCAACCAGGAAGUAACAGUACCGAUUGUCUUAGUGACAGCCAGGGAGGUGUAACAAGGUUAAUUUAUAAAAGUACCAAUAUAAAAAAAUCUGUACUUUUUGUAAAUUGGAAAUAAAAGAAGCCUUAAUCUUUCACAGGCUGUAUGUGGAGUGUUUCUUUAACUGUAUAAACUUGAAAUUACAAUUCCUUACCUAAGGGUCUAAACUUGUAACUAUGUUUUCCAUUUCAGAUAUGCCUCAGUUUAGUACGACUUUUGCAUUAUUUGGCACAUUCUCCCCUUGGUUCGAUAACAUUAUUGGAUUUUCGACCUCGGCAGUUCGUCAUUGUGGAUGGUGAAUUGAAAGUUACAGAUUUAGAUGAUGCCAGCAUGGACGGAACAUCAUGUUCUAGCAAUGCCGACUGCUUCAUGGAAUUCCCAGCUAGAAAUUUUACGCUUCAAUGCUCUGUUGAAGGAAAAUGUCAAAAUAUGAAUGAGAAACGGAAUCUGUACAAUGCAUACAGGUGUGUGUCUUUUAUUUGACAAUGAUUAUGCAGAGAAACAGGAGAACCUUGGUGUGCGGAUAGACCGUGUUUUUUUAAACAGAGUAUUGAAUGAAAACAAAUUUUAAGAAAUAUUUAACGUCCUAGUAGAGCUAUGCAAGUACAUUGAAAACGUGUGAGGCUCUCUUAGGUGUUUGUCCAUAGAAUUGAAGUGACUUGUCAAACAAUUUGCUAGAUGCAGGUUAAAAUAGUUGAGUUUUACAUUUUCUUGAGUGUUCCUGACUAUUUUGGUAUUUCAUUUUGUAAGUGGUUUCUCAAUUCCUCAUGCCCCAAUACUCUUUGUACCAUGUGUAGACCCUAAUUUCAUUAUCACUCUCAGCUGGUGAGACAUCCUGUUACAGUUACAUCUGUAACUACAUGUAUAGGUUCAGGAGGCAAAAGAUCUAACCUGGCUUUGCAGAGGAGUGUAUGUUCUGCACCUUUAGUAGGUAUACCAUUUUCAUUACUCUCCUGCCGUCCAGAUUUUCGUCAUUAGUGAGAGACCUAAGUUUGGGUUGUUAUAACUUGCCCGACGCUUCUGCCUAAAGUCAGGAAUGCAUGACGGAUUGGAGCACUCAGAGUUCUCUGUAUCCAAUUAGAAUGGCCCCCUAGUUGUUAAUAGGGGAUCCGGUGAGUCCCACAUAUUUUAUCAACCCAACAGACAUACUUAACCCCCCUUGACGCAUGUUAUACAGACAAUAAAUGUUUUUUUUAAAUAAAAUCACACACAGGCAUAUAAAGAGUGGAAAUAGGGUAUCCAAACAGAUAAAUAGAACUGAUUUUACGACAACCAAUCUCCUUAAAAAGAGAUCGGGAUGUAGGACUGCCUCUGCAGUCUCCCUGCUCAAUACUUUGCCAUUUAGUAGUUAAAUCACUUUGUUUAUGCAGCCCUAAGCACACCUCCCUGCAUGUGACCUACAAAGCCUUCCCAAAACACCUCCGGUAAAAAGUAUUCUAAUGCUUAAGUUACCUUUAUUGCAAAUUAUGUUGAAAAUUGAAUUUAUCUCCUGCACUGUUAAUAUCUUGCUAGAGCCUCCAGGAGCCUCCUGUGUGCGAUUAAAGUUGAAUUUACAGAGCAAGAGAUAAAAAACGUCUAAAGUCAGUAAACAUCUGAUUGAAAAUUAAAGCAUUUUUUUUUCAUGCAUGCUGUGUGAUUCAUGGGAGCCAGGGAGGUGUGACUCGGGCUGCAUGAGCAGAAACGUGAUUUAACUCCUAACUGGCAGAGAAUUAAGCAGCGAGACUAAAGAGGCAUGAUCUAUGCAAAAACUGAUUCAUUAAUCUAAAUUUGUUUUGGUGACUAUAAUGUCCCUUUCAAUCUGUUAUAUGAAACAAUUAUAAAAUCAUCUACUCACGGUACAAUUUAAUUAAUGAAUAAUUUCUCUUCUAUUUUGCAACAAUGUAGUAUAAAAAAAUAUUUUGGGAUUAUUCACUAUGCUGAAAAUUGGAAACUUGUUGAUUUAAUGCUAAAAUUGCCACACAGGACAUGUAAUCAAUUUGGAGAAUUUUACUAUUUUACCAAAACAAUCGGCAAUUCCCCUGUGAAUUCUGAACAGUUUUAUAAAUAACACAAGUAGUGAGAUAAAUAUUGUAAACUUUGUUAAUUUUAAUGGGAGAGGCAUCAGAUUAACAGGACAAGACCACCACUUGUGUAAGUAUUUCUAAUUAUUUUGCUCAUUUGUUUAAAGUAAAAUGGAAUGACAGCGGUUUUAUGGCAGAUUCUCUUUUCAAAUAAAUGUAAAAUAGUGGCCACUUUGUAUGCAUUACAUGGCACCUAAUGAACUUUGCUUUUCUUUUCUGUUAAGCUGGCUACCCCCUCCCAAUAUAAUCCCCUUUGAACUAACAGAAGCUUUUCUUCUUGCCUUGAAUCUGCUUUUCACAAAAGCACACAACUAAAUGGCUGUAGCUAAGAAUAUCCUCUUGCUUUCAACAGACAGUGAGUGUGUGAUGAUUUAUGACAGUUCACAUUAAGCUGAGUUUGAUGAUUUCAACAAAGUAGAAAGACAUAUUGAAAAUCAACUGCAGUAAAUGGACUUCUUGUAAAAGCUCUGUAUUCAUCUCAAUCCAACCGCUAGUAAAUAGAUUAUAGGGGUACUUGGCUGCUUAUUAUGGCAAAUCAAAACUUCUGGCCAACAGAAAGGAAGACGAAAAAAAUUAAAUAGCUCAUGGAUUGCCGAGAAGCGCUGUUUACUCCAAUGCAAUGUAAAUAUUUUAACAGCUAAUGGUAUUUAAAGGGACCCUGUAAGCAUCGAACCAUAGAAGUAGCAUCUAUGCAGUGAUUUUCCUGCAUAAUUGCUGUCCCUUUUCUCAGACAAUGUAAAACAUUGCUGCUUCUGAAAAACACAAUGUUUAUAUUUGGCCGAGAACAUGCUGCCAGUGUCUGUCAGGAGGGAAUUCCUCCUUAAAGGGACUCUAUAGGCACCUAUACCGCUUCAUCUCAAUGAAGAUGUAAUGGUGCCAUGCCCCUGUUGUUUUAACACUGCAGUGUUAAAAUGCCUCUAGUGGAUGGCAGACUAGAGGCGCUUCCACCUAAACAGUCAGCUUUUUCAAACAGUCUCUUGGACCAUCUGGUUGGCGCAGUGCAGCAAUUUUGCCGCACAUGCACACUUACCUCCUAAUGCUUUCUGGUGAUCUCAGCCAAGGAGGCUGAGCUUCGGCACGGAGACCGGCAUGCUGCUCGAAGUAAGGUAAGUAAACUAACCUUUUAAAUUCACACAGCGAGGGUGGGGUAGGGCACCUAUAGGCAGAAGAACAUUAUUAUGUAUGGAAUACAUGUUUGUAUUCCUAACGCUAUAAUGUUCCUUUAAGACCUUAAAUGUGUUCACACAGCAUCGUGAUGCCAAACGUGGCUAAUUCCUCUCAUAGAAAAGCAUUGGAUUGGAAGAUUAUGACGAUUGCCUGUGUGUCUUCAGUAGUUCUAAAAAGCAUUUAAUUGGAUAAAAGUCACACUUUUACAAUUAGAUUACAGGCAAGUUUUUUUAACUAUAGAUUUUAUUUUUAAGGGGGCCAGAUUUUCUUUUUUUUUUUUAUAGUAUUGAUCAUUUAAAACUUUCCUGCAUGGCAGUGUCUUAUAAGAAAGCAUAUAAUAAUAUAACAACAUACCUUUGUGCUUAUAAGCAAAUCAUAACGACAUAAUAUAGCAUUUUCAAGAUAUAUUAACCAUAAUAUUUUGUAUAAUAUUUUGCUGUAGUUGCAUAUAUAUUUUUUAAUAGUUAUAUUAUAAUGUAUAUUAAUAUUAUCAGUAUUUAUAGAUAUAUUUGGUAUAUAAUCGGAUAAACAGGGUUAUUCAAUAAAGUGAGAGUUGUCAGGAAUUCAUUUAAAUUGGAUGUGAAUUUCAGCUUUAAUGCCAAAAUUACAAACUUUAAAAAAAUAUCUCCUAGUCAGCUGUGCUACCAAAUAUUCAAAUAUUUUGGUUUUUAAUUUGAAUUUGAUAUGCACGUUGAAGUCACUUGCAAUUCCUGACAAUUCUUACGUUUACCAUUGUAUUAGAAGUUUAUUUUUCUAGUAUACUCCAUACAUCCCGUAAUCAUUUGGAACCACUUACGCAAAUGCAUUAUGCCUGCAUUAUAACCUCCGAUCCAGUACCAGAACUUUAUUUAGUCUACCUCAAUACAAAAAGAAAGCGUCUCGAUCCCCCUUUUCCUACAGAGCACCACAAUUAUGGAACGACCUCCCGCACACUUUAAAUCUUCCCCAAGCCUAAAGUCCUUUAAGACUUUAUGCCUUUUAAAGUCCUUUAAGAUUAUUAUUUUUAUUUUUUUUACUAUACAUUCAUUCCACCCUCUACAGCUUUACCAUGCUAAUAUACUAGUUAUACCUAACUAUAACGUCCAAGCAGUGGUGAUUGAAAAUGCAAUAAAUUUUAUUCAAGUACUAGACAUGCUUCAAAUAGCCACAGCCCACCAAACUCCACAGCAGGCAACUGUAUUAAUGCGGUAUUUACUGGUGAUUACAAGGCAGCCUUGUCUUAAAGCUCUCUUUUUGUACGCCAGACAGUUAAGGUUCGUUUUUUAUUGAAUGUUGAUCUAUGGUUACAUUUCCUGUAGAGUGUAAUAAGUUAUUACCUAUUUGCAAUUUUAUUUUAAAUAGUCUACUUAUAUUUACAAGGCACUUGUGAAAAAAAUGUAAAAAAAUAUGUGGAUCUUCUAUUUUUCCAUAGGUUUUUUUUCACAUAUCUCCUGCCACACAGCGCACCUUCGUCCCUGAGACCGUUGCUGGAUUCAAUAGUCAAUGCAACAGGUAACACUGGCAUAAUUCUCACUAGAUAUUAGGUAGGCAACUUGGAAAGCCUGAGUGCAGAUUACACUUUGAUUAUAAUUUGAAAUGUAUAAUAUUUUUGUAUUUUUAUGUUGUUAAAAAUCACAAUUGUGUGUAAUGCAAGUAACAAAGCAACUAAUUUUUAUUACAAAGUAGCUCUUGCACUUAAAGCAGCCAUGUCACUUCCUGGGGUCUUUGCAUAUUUUGCAAAGGCCCCAAUGAUAGCAUUGCCGCUUGGGGAGCAGUGGGAGUACCUUAUGCUGUCCCCGCAGCUAUUGCCAUCUUUGAUCUCCAUCUACCAGGAGACCACAUAAGGGCAUGACGGCUUCUGAUGACUAUUGAGAUUCCCACAAGAACACAGAUUUAAGCUUGUGAUAAGUGGUGGGUAGCUCCACCUUUUAUUAAAUUAAUCAGUACUUUGUCUUAUGAUAUGUUUUGACCGCAUUGUAAUUUCAAUGUAAUUCUAACACAAUCCUUAUGAACAUUUCAUAAAGAUUUUACGUUUAUGAUAAGCUCCAAAGCAUUUUUGGAGUGACAGAACUGCUUUACAUUGUAUUUACCUAAAUCCUUCCCACUUAACAAUACUACCAGUAGAGUAAUAUUUUCUUUAACAUGUUAAAGUACCCUUAGUUGGAAUUGCAUAUCAAGUUUGAGUGUGUGUUGUGUAUUUGUAACAAAUUAAUUUAUGCAUUUGUUUUAAUUAAAUCUAUUUUGCUUAAUAAAAACAAUGAUUUUCAGGCGAACUGCGUUGGGGAAUAGAUGAAACGCUUGCUCAGUUUGAAAAAAUUCUUUACAUGUACAAAAAUGGCCUGUACCUCCCGAAUAUUACACAUGCACCAAUGGCUGGUAAGUUAGUCUCGAAAAAUGUAUUUCUGUUUGCAGUGCACAUGCUUUGUUGAAGGAUAAAUAAUUGUAAUUGUUUUAUUUUUAAACACAACAUAUCCUCGAUGAGCUUUUGGGUGCCAUUUUUUUUAAAUUCCACACAAGCUAAUGAAGGCAGUAGGGUGUCCCAUGGUGCAAGUAGUAAAAAUGUCCCCUUCUUAAAUAAAACAGCAAUUUUCUUUAACGGUUUAUGUGAUACAUCCAUUUUCUGCAAGCGGUGAGAAUAAUUCUUUUCUAAUUAAGUAAUCAGAAAAACUUCAAAAAUCAAUCAAUAUUUCAUAUUACUUUUUUAAAGCAUUAGAUUGUGUUAAAUAAUUACAAAAACAAAAGAAAUUGUGAAAAUGAAGUGCACUUUUUGCUCGAUUAUUUCUAUAUUGUACAGUUUUGGGCUUUGCUAAAAUACUUUUCACUGUAGUAAGUAGGAGCUAGCACUUGAGCAUAUGGAACAGUCAGCCUUUCAGUUGUCACUCAUGUUUGCGAUAGGAAAAAGAAACGAUUCUUUUGAACAACAGCAAGUGUGAAAAGUGAUAUUAACAAUUACUAUGAAAAUCCACUGAAACAGCACUUUAAGUCCAGCGUUCAUAUAAAACAAGGUUUAACAAGGUGAACCACGAUCGGGUUACAAAAAAAUGUAGGUCUUAAGCUUUAAAAAUGUUUGAGUUGUAAAACAUUUAUAGUGCUUUAAAUUAUAACGUACUUCGAACUUUGUUUUAGCAACUCAAGCGCACUGUACAAAAGUACUUUCAAAGCAGUUCCUGUGUUAAAAAAAAGGGAUCUCGUGAAAUAGAACUUAGGGCAGCUAUUAUAACAAUCUGCACUAUACUACCUACUGCAGUUUAAAAGGAACUGAUAACAAAAAAAUUGUCUUUCUUCUUUUAGUUAACUACAUAGCAUUCAGCUCUGUUUUUUUAAAUUUCAUUAUUUUUUGUACUUCAUACUUUGUAGGAUGUAUGUGGUUUUUAUUUGCUUGUCAUUUGGGGCAUUUUCUUGUGCAAGUUCCACACAGUGGCCAGUAGAUACACAUAGAGGUUAACAAUAAUUUUUAGAGUUUAAUCUGGGAUCAAUUGGUGUAUCACCAAAUUUGGCACUGGGUGGAAUGGGGGGGGUGUAACACCCCCAUUGGAUAAUUAGAUACACAUACUGGCACUAAUACACAUACACACUGACACGCAUGCAGGUACACACACAUACUGACACUAAUACACAUACAUAGUAAAACACACAUACAGACAUAGAUAAACAUAUACACUGACACACAUACAGAUACACACAAGUACUGACACUAAUACAAAUACACAGUGAAACAGACACAGAUACACAUAUACACUGAUACACAUACAGAUACACACACGUACUGACACUGAUACACACACACAGUAAAACACAGAUACACACACAUACUGACACAGAUACACAUACACACUGACACACACACACAUACCGACACAGAUGCACAUACACGCUGACACAAAAACUGUUGCUUAGUAUACAGUAUUUUAAAUACAAAUAGGAUAAUGAUUCAGAUAUUUCAACUUGGAUCGACCUUUGCAAUAUAAGAUCUUUCUUGGAAUAGCUUUUUUUUUAUAAAUAUUGGUUAAUCUCUUGUUUUAAUGCUUGCUUCUGGAUAUUAUCUCCCAAAAGUAAGUUAUGCAUAGAGAAACCAGUGUAUAUGCAAUCUGGUUUUAUCCGUAAUAGCGUGUAGUAAUGUUUUUAGUGGUGCUGUAGGAUUCUGUGAAUUGGUCCACAUGCAGGUGAUGGCAAUUAAAGAACUUUGGGUUGUUUCCAAUUGGUAGCAAUAGCUGGUAGUAAAAUCCAGCCAGGUCUAGUGGGGCUGAAAUAACUGAUCAUUAAGAGUGAUUAAAAUCAGAUUUAAAGCAAUUCUAACAAUUUUAAACAAUGAGAAUCUGGUCACAAGGUUCUUUUGGUCAAGAGACAAAUCCUUAUUAAAAUAAAUGCCAUGUUUAAAGUUAUGAAACUGGCGUUGUGAAAAUCACAAAUUCCAAACAUCAGUCCUAGAACACUUAGUCUUCCUUUUGAACUUUUAUUUAUAAAGAGAAGAGGAAAUUCACCCUUUAUGUCAUGUUAUAGAUAAUCUAUUACACUGGUUUAUUUAUCUUUUAGUAGAGUAGUUUAGUUUUCUUAUCUCGGCUUGGCUAUUUAGCAUAAAUUGUACAUUUUGACAGUUAUAUUUGUAGAAUAUAGAAUUUGAAAUGAUAAUUUUACAAAAACAUCACAAGAAGUGUUUUAAAAAAAUAUGAAAACAAGUUAUUUGUCUGUAAACAGCUAAGCAGUUGUGCACACUAGCGAUAAUUAUUAAAGGAUGAACAGCUGAGACAUCUAAACUUAUUUGUUAAACAUAACUUGAGUAAGACACUCUCAAAUCACCAUCUCAGUUUGACAGUGAAAAUGGAAAAGGGCUUGUAACCCAUCCUUGAUCUUAGAUCCUUCCCAGAGUAGUGGUAAUUGUGUAGCAAUUGCCUGGAACAGGUGAACUCAGAAGGAACGUCCUGCACACUGAGUCCAUGUCUCCUGUCUUUACUUGUAGUACAGGUGUCUAUAAUUCGAUUGGUUCAAUUUGAGGCACUCAUACUUUACCAGUUUGUGAGCUAUUCUUAGUGUAUUAUUCUGUAUGUGAGCCUCUGAUAGUAGCAGUCACAUGCAGCAAGUUAUAUCAUUACAUGACCUACUUGCAGUAUAGUAUACUGAUAUGUGAGCUACUAAUCUAACAUCACUACGAGAGCCUUUUGUAGCAUAGUUAACCUGUACAUGAAUUAUUUGUAGUGGAGUAGUAGUAUUAUUUUUAUAUCGCCAAUAUAUAUCCCAGCGCUCUACAAUCAUAGAAUGGGGAUAAUUGACAUUUAUGCGUUUGUAAACUUGUUUCAUAGAUUGUAAUCUCGUUUGAGCAGGGCUUUCUUCACCUCUUGUCUCUGUUAAAUUCGGUAUGUUAAUUACUUGUUGUCAAAUAUUCCCAUUUUAUAAUUGUAAAGCACUGUGGAAUAUGUUGGCGCUAUAUAAAUUCUAAUAAUAAGUAGUGGACAUACAAAAUAUUAUCAGAGACAAGAAGGCCCUAAUCAAACAAACCUUUAACCUAUGAGGAGAAAUGUGCAUUUAAAUAAACUUAAAGGGACACUAUAGUUACAUAGACCACUUCAACAAGGGAGGGACCAGGGGGCUCUAUAAUGUAUUCCUUACACUAUAGAAUCCCAUAAAAACAGGAGUUGUGAGGGACUCAUCUGACAUAACACGAGACAUAACAGGAUGUCUUGUGUUUGCGCAAUAUUAUACUUCUUUCCUUCAACUCAUUUUACAUCUUUUCUUUGUAGUUUCCAUUCACUUUUUAAAAUAGCAGUUUCCAAAAGUCAUUCUGGUUUUGGUGUAGGUAUUAACGGAAUAUUACUGUUAUUUGUCUUUACAACAGAAAUAAAAUGCUAGCUUGCAUCAAAAUGUUCAUUAUUUUGUUGUGAAAGAUACAUUAGUUCUUUGUAGAUUUCCUUGAACUGCAAUUAAUUUGUAAUUGCAAAGCUGGUUGACCUGUCACUUUGAAAAGCUUAUAAAAGAUACCCUUAGGGCCCGGUGAGCUACGGGUGUCAUAGGGCAUUGUCAGGCAUUAAUGUUGCUCAUGUGUAAAUGGAUCUAAUGACUUAGUGAGUCAUAUGCCUUUUAGAUACAGCGUUAUCAAGUUUGUAGAUGUUUGUGAUGUGUGGUUUACCACACCUGAACUUGCUUAAUUUAUGAGGUGUUACUUUGUAAAUGUUACAACGUUAAACCAUUCCAUUUUAUAGAGUAUUCAUAAAUCAAACAGUAGUCCAGUUAGGAUAGGGUGGAGUGCAUUUAAAAAUACUCCAGACUGUUAUUAUGUGCAUAGAUUUUAGUUUUAAAACUACACUGAACAAAAUUAUAAAUGCAACACUUUUGUUUUUGCCCCCAUUUUUCAUGAGCUGAACUCAAAGAUCUUAGACUUUUUCUAUGUACACAAAAGGCCUAUUUCUCUCAAAUAUUGUUCACAAAUCUGUCUAAAUCUGUGUUAGUGAGCACUUCUCCUUUGCCGAGAUAAUCCAUCUUCCUCACAGGUGUGACAUAUCGAGAUGCUGAUUAGACAAAAACAAAAGUGUUGCGUUUCUAAUUUUGUUCAGUGUAUAUAAAUAAAUAGUUUUGCUCACUUAGUUGUGUUCUUUUAUCAAUUUAGAUUUAUGUUUUUCUCUCUCUCUCUCUUUUGUUAUUUUUAAAGAAAAUGUUUAAAAUCACUGUUAAACUUACCUUAAUAAGCAUUGAGGGGAAAUGAUGUGUGAGCGACUAUCGCCAUGAUCCACCAAUACAGUGCUUUUCUAUGAGAAGAAUUUCUAAUACUUUGCAUGCUGAUGUCAGACUUAAAAUAGAUUCUAUUAUUGAAUCUAUUUUAAAGUGAAGUCCCUAUUGACUAAUUGACAUAUAGUAGAGACAGUUUGGCCCCCUUCCUUCUUCAGAUGGAGAUGGUGAAUGGGACCAAACAAAUUCAUUAUUUCAGGGCCCCUGUCUAACUCAUGGGAGCGGUCCUGCUGAUUGACUCAUAGCCCUCAUCCAAUCAGUGACUCCCCAUUCAUAUAACUGGCUAGAAAAGGGUACGUUUCUUUUCAAGCCAGUUUUAUAAAUGGGGAGUCACUGAUUUCAGAAGCUCGAUGCUGCCUGGGGGGGGAGUUGAGAGGCUCACUUUGGGGGUAAACCGUUUAGAACAGUUUAACCCAUUAAGGUAAGAGUGCGCCUGGGGCCUACGGGUACCGUAACAAUAUUGUUUAGAUGAAGCUGUUUUGAUGCCCGGACUGCCCCUUUAAAUUCUGGCCUAACAUCUUGAUUAAUAGCUGUAGUUACAAGAACAGGUGAUUUGGGGAGUGUCUUCUUCUUUUUUUUUUUUUUUUAUAAAUCGGUAAAUAAUAUAAAUAAAUAUUAUUUCCCCUGACCAUCACAAACACGAAUGCUUGUUUUGUCAACAGGCUUCUUAGGGGACUUAGUUAUAAGUUAAAAAUCUUUAUAUUGGGUCUUGAAUAUGUUUCAGGCAGAAAUGGUACUAGAUCAUUAUGGGUUAAAAAGAAUUUAUGUUACUGAUAUUAUGAAGACAUUUUCUGAAGAAUUCUCGUUAGAAGUCUAUUUACUCUGAGCAUCAUAUGCACACCUGCUCUUAUCUGCCAUUUCAUCAUGUCCUAUAACUUUCCGGAAUGACUUGUAAAAGAUUCUAGUUAAUAUUUAGCGGCCUUUAUUUAAUGUUUAGCCAUCUUAACUGGGGCAGAAGGCAAAUGUUUAUGUAAAGUGUUGGAUAAAUAAAAACAUAUUAUUCUAUUGAUUUAAGAUGUUCCAACCAAUCUGUAUGUGAGGAUUAUACCAGGAUGUUGUGCUGGCUAGGAUACAAGGAAACCAGGGGUGUUGUUCCUGCAGUUUUUAAGCAGAAUUCUCUGUGCUCUCAGAAUCUAGAUUGGAUUUGCACGUGACAAAAAUCUAGUUUGGAUCACAAUGAUAUUGGCUUUACCAAAAUAUACUUUCUUCGUAAGUGACUGGUGAAUAUAGCAUGUUAUAUGGCUUGAAUAUGUCUAGACACACAGACUCAAGGAUGCAAAACAGUGACAGUUCUGAAAAAGCUGUUUCAAUUUGCACUUUAAUUUGCUGGAGCGAUAGCUCACAGGUUAAGGAAGCCAGCUAUCGCAUCUCAGACUUACACAUUCAUUCCCAAGAUCAAUUCAGCCUUUCAUCCUUCCAAGUUCAAUAGACUGAAUGCCAUUAAAUUGGGUAAUGAUGAUACAAAGCUGAUUAACAUUAUUAUUACAAAUUAAGGUUUAAUGAAAAGCCCUGAAAAAUCCAGACUAUGAGAACACAUCAGAGAAAAACAUUGAACUAUUUCUGCUGCUUGGCCAAAUUUAGCACUUUUGCAUCAGAGUUGCUAUUUUGUUUCCUUCAUAAAUAUGACUUUUUUUUAUUUGAAUGUCUUGUUCUUCUCUAUUCCCAUCCCUUGUGAACAUUUGGUGAAUAAAUGAAGUACCAUAUCCUUUUUCCUGGGAACUUAACAGAGUAUAGACCGCUCCAUAUAGAUUUCCAAAAUAGCAUAUAGUCCCUUGGCACGUUAUGCAUAUCUAGAGUUUAGAUAACUUUACAAUAUAUUUCUGAUAUAUUAACACUGUAAUGCACUUGUCCAAAAAAAAAAAUAGUUUUAGUCAUAUCUUUAUUUUACCAGUCAACUGCCUUGUUUUCCUGAAAAUGCCACUUGUAUUAGCUGAUGAUAGUAUUUCAUUUGUUGAGUAUGUAAAUGUUUUUGGGAUCCAGUGAGACCAUCCUGUUUUGACUCACAGUGCUGGGAUAUUUUUCCCUGAGCAUAUGACUUAAAAAAUUGGUCAAGUGAAUGUACGUACGUGAGCUAAUAAAUUGCAUUUCAUCACUAGUGCAAAUGCACGCUAAGCUGAAACCAUCUCUAAAGAACUGCCCCUGUAUCACACAGGUUUAUUCCCUUAACAUUGAAUUGUGUUGAAGUGAAAAUAGAUUUUAAAAAUUUAAGCUUAAAUAUUCAUACUGUGAUUAUAGCGGAGUAAGGGAAUUUGUCCUCUUCAGCUAUUUUUCUCAUAAAGUUUAUAAUUUGGUUUUCAGCUAACUAGUUAACUGUUGAGUAAAUAAACCAUUUGAAAUACAAUAUCCCAAAAACUGGAAGCACUAUUUUUUCCUUACAGAGACUAUUAAGGUAUUUGCAUGUAUGGCAGAGCAGUUAUUGUUCCUUAUUAUGGCCUGCUGUUUACAGUAAACAAACAUUUUCCAAAUCUGUCAUCUGUGCUUGAGGAAUGGAAUCCUCUAAAUUUGGACAAUAUGAAUUAACUUUAUUUAAAAAAUGCUGUGAUCAAAAACAUGAACUUUAUUGCAAUUUGACACCCAUGUGAAACAAUGUUAAUUAAUUCUGCCUGAGGUUGUGUUUAAACAUAAAUACAACCCUUACAUCUUUUUUUUUUUUUAAUUACCAGUUAUUAGCUAGAAGUCACAACUACUUUUUUUUCAGUUAACAUGACAUUUCACCUAUAAUAAACAGGGUAAACAGUGUAAAGGCUAAACUCAUGAUAAAUUAUGUGUAAAUGCCAGUUGCCCUGUGUCUUUUAACAAAUCUGGCUUUUCUGAAAAUGGCAAGUGUGAUACUUUAUGUACUGGGGGGGAGGGGGAGGUUUCUAAGCUGGCCCCUUAAUAAAUAUUAUUUUUCUAAUAAGUGUUUACUUGCAGAACCUUUUUAAAAUGGGUAAGAAGAUAUUUAAAAUAGUGUUGUCUAAACCAAGUUGGGUUUGUUAGUAUGAUGUACCUAGGUUUUAAAUUGAUGGCUAGAGUUCUUGUAUUUGGCAAGUAUUUAUUUGUGUUAAACAUCAUUAGUCUGGAAAUUGACCAGAACUUUGACCUUUUGAUGAUGUGAUUUACUGCUGAGAGACUUCAAAUUUCAUUGACUUCAUUUGGGAUUUGUUUUCAGUAGAGUGGGAUGGAAAUGCUGAUCAGUUAUUGUCGGUGUAUUAAAAGAUUUGUUUUGUAAAUUGUCAUAAUUCAUGCACCCGAAAAGCAGAUAUUUGUAAAAACAUUUAUAUAAUAUAUGUAUAUAUACAUUAUAUAUAUUAUAUAUCCUGUGUGUGUAUUUUUGAAUUUUUUUCAUAUACCCUAUUAUUUAUAUAGUGCCAGCAAAUUCCGUAGCGCUGUACAAUGGGUGGACUAACAUUGUUACAAUUGUAACCAGACAAAUGGACGCACAGGAACAGAGGGGUUGAGGGCCCUGCUCAAUGAGCUUACAUGGUAGAGGGAGCUGGGUAUAGUGACACAAAAUGUUAAAGUAGGGGUAAGGAAAUAGGUUGCUAGAAAAGUAUUCAAUGAGAACUUUGCAGGAGAGGAUUCAUGGGGGGGAAUGAAAACCCUCUAACAGUUUAAACGAUAUGCUUUCCUGAAGAAGUGAGUUUUCAAAGAUUUUAUGAAGCAGUGGAGACUGAGUGAAAGUCUAACGGAGAAGGGAAGGGAGUUCCACAAAAAAAAGGUGCAGCACUGGAGAAGUCUUGGAGGCAAGCAUAAGAUGUGGGAGUACGGACAGAGGAUAGACGUAGAUCUUAUGUAUUUUAAGCGAGGAAACCAUAGUGCUAGGAAUUUAACUUUUAAAUUAAGUUACAUCUGAUUGAAAGUGAAACCAUUUUGUUUUCAUGCAGGCUAUGUCAGCCACAGCCAGGGGAGGUGUGACUAGGGCUACAUAAACAAAAACAACAGCGAUUAAACUCCAGGAUUGAGUAGUGACAUUUCAGAGGCAUGAUCAAUACAUCAAAACUGCUUUAUAGAGCUACAGUUGUUUUGGUGACUCUAGUGUCCCUUUAACACCUAAGGUGGAUCCUCACUGCAGUUCAGCUGUGCCCAGCUCCCCUAGCUGACAUAACUUUCAGGAGAAAAGGACUCGUGGGAAAUGUGAUUGCAUUAGAAGAAUGAAAAUGUAAAUGAAAAUGUUUAUUUGGAACAGGGGAGUAAAUCUCACUGAAUAUUUGGCAAAUAUUUUUAUUUUUACGUUCACUGGUGUUUGAGAAAACUGCUUGUAUAAAUAGUGUUUAUAGGGAUGAAUACACUAUUAAGACAUCAUCAAUGGAAAUAUAGCAGUUUCUUUUUAGAGGUAGAAUAAAGUUGUCUUCUGUAUAGUGGUGUUGUUAUUAUUAUAAGAAAAAUAUAUGAAAAUUAUGUAGACAAUUCGAAUAAUUUUUUUUUAAUUGCAUUGAUUUGUUAAAAACACAUCUGAUUUGUGAAAACAUAAAAUUGCUUCAUCAUAUCAAAUAUAACAACAAACAUACCUGAAACAAUAUAUCCUUGAGGUUUAACUAUAUGAGACAUUUGUUUUUAAUUUGCAUCAAACAAUUAUAUGGUACUUAGAAGGCCUUAAAAGCUUCCCUAUAGGGCAAAAUUUAAAGAUAAAUAUUAUUCCAAGCAUCUGUAUUUUCCUAGACGUAGAUCCCCUUUCAAAACAGAACAAAACAAAAACUUACACAACCAGGAGAAACCUCGUAAUAGCACUAAGAGAAGUUACUUCUAGCCAUGGACCCGAUUUCAACUUUUCAUGGUAGAAAGUAACCAGCCCAGCUGUCUCAGAAUUCUAUAUUUCUUAUUCAUCCAUUUGACAAUGGUUUAAACUGUUUGAAGAUUUGAAUCACAUGUUUAUGUGCAUUCACUUGACUAAAAUAGCAGAGAACAAUAUAUACACAAAUAACAUAAUAGGUGUAUACGAAGUUACCCGUGUGUCCACAAAAUAGAGUAAUAGUAUACUAGAAGCAGCAGUUGGUAAGAAAGAGGAAUACAAACAGUAAACACAUUUGAAGUGAGAAGCUUUCAUAUUUAAGCAUUAACAUCACUUUAAGGAUUAGGGGAGGUCAUGCAUCCUAAGCAGCCUACAGGUCUCGUGCCCUAAAGGUCAUCUAUUGAAGAUGAAAAGUACAAACAAACCUUAUAUUAUUGCUCUACUAUUUGGAUGCUGGUGAGGAGAUAAGACGAGGAGUGCACAUUUAGGCUUUUUAAUUCUUUGCAUUUAUUUGAAGUAUUGUAUGAGGAGAUCUUAAAGGCAUGCAAUGCAUUGAAGGGUUUUAGGGCAGUGAUGACUAGGCUUGGCAUCGCAUGUUUUUGGACUGUAGACUGGCUGAACAUUUAUGAAGUGAAGUUCAGAAACAUCUAAGGAACUAUUACUGCCCUAGGAGGCAAUGAUUUUAAAAUAUUGUUAUAUUUAUUGUUGUUUACCUUAUGCUUGUUGUUUAAAUAAAUGCCAGCUUUGAUGGUGGCAUCAGACAUGGCACCUUAUGACUGUGCUAUGUAUGUUCAAUACCAAAUUGGCCCUGUUUACUUCAGCAUCUGCCAUUUCCUUAAAGGGACACUAGAGGCACCUGGGUGCAGUGGUUCUUUACUUUCAACCCUGCAAUGUAAGCUUUGCCGUUUACUAGACACCACUGUAGGGCUAAGCAAACCACUAGUGGCUUUCUUACUAACAGCUACUGGAGGUGCUUUCGCUGUAAAAGCCAAGUCAGACUUGGCUCUCACAGCUAACCUCCUCAAAUGCUUGAUGUCAUGGGAAGCGGGUUGAGCGUCUGCAGUGAAUUGUUUUUGGCGCUGGAAAAGAAGGGAAUACACUUUAUUUAUUUUUAUUUAUUUUUUAUUUAGGGGGGCCCUGAGCCUAAAUGUAGAGGAGAACACUAUAGCAUUAGGAAUAAAGGUCAGAAAAGGGCACAGGGAAGCAGCGCCUUCUGAGUGUCCUCAAACUCGAAUGGUGGUGAGUCAGUAUGGAAAAUAUGAAGAUAGAAAGCAGAAUAUAGUGUAGUAUAUUCUAUAGGUGGUGAGGUGAAAUAAUAAAAAUACCACUUACAAUUUUAUGGAGCUUAUGUUCAGCUCCAGAUAUAUUAUUAUUAUUAUUUUAUUAUUAUUUAUAUAGCGCCAACAAAUUCCAAAGCGCUGUACAAUGGGUGGACUAACAGACACAUAAUUGAGAUCAGACCACUGGAUGUACAGGAACAGAGGGGGUUGAGGGCUCUGCUCGAUGAGCUUACAUGCUAGAGGGAGUGGGGUAUAGUGACACAAAGGGUUAAAGUAGGGGAAUUACAUAGUUUGUUAGAGAAGAGUUUAUUGAGUGCUUGGUAGGUCAAUAAUAUAUGCACCUGGGCGGUAUGAUCCCCACCUGUGGAUAUGUCGCUCAGCAUGUGUUCUUGUAGAUGGUAGGUCAGGGUCAAGCAUCAGUUAGAGUGUUGAGCGUUCAUGGAUAUUUCCCUCCAAAUUGCAGUUUCACAGAUAAUAACCAAAUAGAUAAAAUAAGAAUAAAAAUAGAAAAAUAGUGCUCUCUGUUUUGUUGUUAUAAAAGCAAAAUAAAAGGAGGUAUGCUCACAAAAGGAGAGCAAAAAACUAGGCUUUUGCUCAAUCCUGUGUAGCGUAGGUGGUGUACUUCCCACCAAGGAGUUAGAAAGUGUGGCUCCUCUGGAUAUAAUCUUUAGGUAUAAAAUGAGGAAGGUCCAGGUAAGGUAAAAAAAGAUGCUAAAACCAACAACAUAAAAACACUAACGCGUGAAUAAUCGCACGCAUUAGGAAUAAAGGUUUGUACUAGGAAUACAGAUUUGUAUUCCUAACGCUAUAGUAUUCCUUUAUCUGACUCAUUCCCCUUUGGCCAUGUACACACCUCUUUCUUCUUCCCUUGCUGUGUGAAUGAUGGGGCCACCUUUAAAAAAACAAAUCCACCAAUUAGACUUUUUAGAUAGCCCCAACUGUUAAUGAACCAAUCCUUGACACAGUAUUUUUUUUUUUUUUUUUUAAUACAGCAAGCAACAAUCUGUGUUCUUCACAACUUAGUCAACCAUGAUAUUUGCAGACUAUAUUUUAAAUAUAAUUGUUUGUUUAGGGCUCGCUGUGUUUCUUAGAUACAACAUACAUCAUGGAAUUAAAACAUGAAGAUGGUGCAGAUUUAUGAGAUUUCAAUGGCAUGUUUAUUAAUGAACUAAGUUGUAAUAUUUAAAAUGUGAUUAAUUUACUGAUGGUUUCAGUAAUAAAGAAAGCUCAGUGAGGCUUAGAAGCUUUGCGAACAGAGAACAAGAGUGUGGUUUUUAAAGCCAAGAGAGACUGAAUGUCGGCCAAAGCUGCCUAGUAAUAUAUUAGUCAAUACACAGACGUAGGGUGGGGAAAGAAAACGGACAUAUUCCGUGUACUUUUUUUAUCAUGAGGCAUUUAUGAAAUGGAUAAAAUGUGUGAUGCAGCCCAAGGAAAGCUACUUUGGUUUAAUUUUUCAUUUAUUUAUUUAUUUAUUCAUUUAUUUAUUUUUGUUUUAAAAGAAAAAUUAAAGGGACGCUCCUAGAAUUUAAAGUGUGAAAAAAGUAUCUGAUAAAGCCUGGCAUAAAAGUUCAUACUGAUUUUUUUCGUGUGCGUGAUGAUGUAUGCACAGGUUUUGCAUACAUGAAACAUAGCUCCGACCCCUAUGAAUUAUUUUUCCCACUGGAAGACAGAGACAAACUUGCAGAAAGGAUACAUGUAUUUAGUGCUCAUUUUCUUUAAUAAAUAAAUAAAUAAAUACCAGAUUUCCUCGGGGUUUUUGAAGGUCAUGUUAUACUGCAGACUGUUAACCUUCAUAGACGUUGCAAGAGGAACCUGGCUUUCAACCCUGUGUGACCCUGUGAAAGUCACCUCUUAGCUGCUCUAUUUCCCAAAAAUCCCUUUCACUGAUUUCUGAUAGAUAAGAAGUUUCAGCCACGAUCUGCAUUUUAUCAUUUUCGUAAAAAUAUAUACUUUUUACAAAGGUAAAGAAAAUUAGUUUUUUGCAUCCAUUUACAUGCACCUAGCAAUAUUCAGUUUUUUUUCCGUGAACGCAAAAGUUGCAACCAAUUACAAUUAUUUUUAUAGCGCCAACAUUUUCAGCCGUGCUGUACAGUAGGUAAACAAGACACAAGCUAAAAACCAGUUGCCAGAAAAGGCACAUUCAUAGAUCGAUAACUGCCCCUUUAUUAGAACAAUUUUUGCAUGCUAAUUUUGUCAUACAUCAUCUAUAAACCAACAUAGAUUGACAUUGAAUCUGCACUGGAGUGGCCCUUUAAUGGUAUACUAUUGUUAGAGAAAGGGGAUUCCAUAUGCCUAAUGGUCUCAUGUAGAUGAUUUUAUUCAUUAAUUUCUUUUUUAUUGUGUGUUGUAAUGAACAUACUUAUCGUCUAGUGAAAACAUAUUGCAGUCUGAUUUGCCCAUGAGCUAUUUUAGCAGGCAUUAGGAUAUCUAGUGCAAAUGUCAUCACUCUGGCUAAUUUACAGCACAUGUUAAUUUAUUAUGCGUGUCUGAGGAAUUUCUACCUCUCAAAUGCAAGGCUUUGGGCAGUUGCCAAUUUGUAAAGCCAGCAGAAUUGAUGGGCAUGUAGAAUACAAUUGUGUUACAAAACUAAACAAUAAGCAGUUUUAAAAAGUUAAGCAAAGUUUUUCUUACUCAAACUAAAGAUGUGUAGGUUAAACAUCUAAAUCUGCGUAACAUUUAUUUUAUUGAAAAAAUACAUUUUUAUAUGACUUUAUAUUUAUUAUUUCUAUAAAUAUUUUUGUUAUUACUAUUAUUGUAUUGUAUUUAAAUAUAUAUUGUCCUCUUUUGUGAUCUUUCACUCUCUCACGCUUUCUCUGUGGUAACAUACAACAAUGCAAGCCCUCAUUUUUUUAAUUCUUUAUGUCAUAUAUUAUGAUAGGAUUAAAAAAUAAAUUCUGUAUAUUUUACUUUUCAAAGAUGUAGAGCACUACUGUGAACUAAAUAUAAAUAGUUACUUACUGGCAUAAAAUAGAGGUUGGGAGAACCAGUGUAUUUCUGGGGAUCCGGGUGCUUUGAAUCUAUCUGCACUUUAUGGUCUAGUGUGGUAAUAAUGAGCAUUUACUUACAAUGUGAGUAACCCGUCCUUCCCUACUUCCUGUUCGGUAUACUACAUCAAAAAGAGGGUGAUGACAUUAUUAUAAUUUAUAAAUCGUUAACAUAUUCUGCAAACCCGUACAAAAGGUGACCAAACAAGCAGGUGCAGAAGGUGAUGAAAACCCUGUUUAGAUAUACAGUGCCAAAUUGAAUGUCCAUUGUCUGUUUUACCGGUUAUGCAAGAAAGAAUGACCGCAUGCCAUCUCCCCUCACCAUCUUUCAAUGUUAGGUAGGGAGAAGACAUUUACCUGCUGAGAAACGUUAGGCAAGACCUAGAGAGGCAACUUCAAAAGGCAAAUAACAUGCAAAAAUGUGGUCCCCUACCGCCCUGUUUCUUAUAAAAGAUUCUUUAUGUAUUUAUUUUGUCUGUGGUCAGUACGUAAUAUUUUUUUGUUAAUCUAUUACAGAGUACAAGCAAGUUGCAGACAUUUCUAUCGCUGAAGAAGACUAUAGAUGUUGGCCAUCGUACCACCACAAUGGAUGCCUCCUUUCAGUGUUUAAUAUUAAUGAAGCUAUAAAGAUCUGUGAAAGUCAUUCUCAGUGCCAAGCUUUUGUUUGGACUAAUCAGACAACGUGGACAGGUAAUAGCAUGCUCGUAUUCUGAACCUAUUCAAGUGUCCUUCUUAAGGUUUGACUCAAAUGCUUGAGAAAUGUACAUAUUUGGGCUUUGUAUACAUCCAAUAUAUUACACUGUAAUGGAGAUGUCAUUAAAAUGACAUUGUGUAUGGCAGGUUCAGUUAACGUGGAAUGAUUUAGGUUUUUAGAUGCUCUGUGCCCCUACUAUAACAGAUGGCUUUAUUCACUGGGGAAAAUACUUCUGAUUAGAUAAGAACUUAGGUAAAUAAUUACUGAGUUUGAAAAAGUCACCCCUAAGACAGUGUUAGUGAUUUAAAAAAAAAUUAUUUUAACAUGUCUAUUUGGGCCUUGGAUUUGCAAAUUAGUUGUGAUAUCACUAAAUCUCACUGUUUGGUGAACAAAAAAUGAAAUAAUGUUUUUACAAGAAAUAAUAAAAGUAGAACAUCUGUAGAAAAGAUGGUAUGCAUUCCUUUAAAUCAUUGCAUAAGUCACUCGGUUGGAAGCUGCACAGAAUUCAGUGUGUGGAAAAGGUGCCCAUUUUAACAGUCAUUACAUCAGACAGAAUUAUCUAGGGAAGAAAAUCACACAACACCAGGGUAAAAGAUAGUCUGCAGUGAGCAGUGGAAAGAUUGAUUAAGUAAUUGAAACUCCACAGACUGCCAAGCCUUUACUGUGACUUAUUAUUAGAAGAACUGAUUUUUUUCUGAGAGUUUAAUAACAGGGGUAACUAGAAAGCACUAAGAGGCAAAAACUAGCUCUCCAGCUGUCGAAGACCUAAAACUCCCAUGAUUCUCUGCCAGCACAUGCAUUUUAUUUGCACUAUAACGGAGCCAAUGAUUUGUUGCUUAUUUUCAGCAGGGUUUUUUUUUUGUUUGUUUUUUAAACUCACAUUUGCAAAAGUUAAAAAUAAUCAAAUCCCUUUUAUUUUUUGUUUUCUUGAGUAUAUUGGGCAUCUUGUCUUUAAAUUUUAAUAACAGCAGAAUCUUAGGAAAUCCAAGUUCUUUGACUCUGACAUUGAAGAAUGUCAUCGCCUUUAUUUUAAUCAAUACCUCUCACUGAGGAAUUUAAGUUAGGAGCCGUUUAAAACAGUUGGUGAAUUCCCUAAAUUGACACUUCUAUAUUGAAAACAUCUUUACUAUAACUUGAAUAUUAGUAAAACUACUAGCUGGCAAUGUACUUCCUUUUGGACGGUUGUGAUACGUAUGUGUUUUGUUUUUUUAGGUUUGUAGUUUUGUAUUUUUUAUUUUUUUCUUUCUUUCAGCAUUAAAUUGUUCAUUGUAUUAAAUUUCUUAUUUAUUUAUUUAUUUUAUUUCAUAUUUUUUACAGGUCGACAGCUUGUUUUCUUCAAAGCUGGAUCCAGAAAUCUUGUGCCUGAUAUUGACAAGAUAACGUACCUAAAACUGACCAGUUAGCAGAGACAAUACCACAAGUGGACAAGAUGUGUUUGAGUGUGGUGUGGAAUCACUUGGGGGUGAAAUGCACUCAUUUUCAUUCAAUUUUUUUAGAGUGCUUUACAUCUUGAGAUUUACCUGAAUUUGCCAGGAAAAAUGUGCAAUAAAUCAGCUUUUUUUUCAUUUUAUUUUUUUUAUUGAUUAUUAAAAAGAAGAGGAAGACAAUUAUGAUACACUGUUGGAAAUGAACAUUGAAUAAUUCAAGAAGACAGAUCAGUGGUGGAGAUGUUCUAGUACUCCAGCUAUUAACUAUUUUUCCCACAAUGUUUAUUACAACAGUAUUCCAUCGUUGCAACAUCUGGAGAUCCAAUGGUUCAGCGCCACUGAUAUAUAAAAUUCGCUCUGCAUUGAAAACAAUCUGCUAAAAGCAAUAUCUUGAUCGUUGCAUUGUUAUGAGGUUUCCAUCUUUACAAUCACUCAAUGACAUUUUUUCACUGUUUCAUUUCUUACCAGGAUUUGAAAUGUGUACAUUUCUUAUGAUGAUGUUUUGGGUUUUUUUUGUGUUAAUUUUAAAUUAUAUAAUUUUAAUGAAUGCAUUGAUUGCUAGAUGGGUUAUAUACAAUGCAUUGUUUGCUUAUGCUCUUACGCUUUUUGGCACUGAGAGUAUCAAAGCGUCUAACUGGUAUUUCUUUCAAAGCCGUAACACCCUGAUAUGUGGCUCAGACAAGAUUUUCUUGAUGUUCAUAUCAAAAUAUUACCCUUUUGGGCCAAAGAAAAAUAAAAACGUCUUAUUGCAGAGCAAGAUAUGAUAGGCUGUCUUACAUGGCUCAUAGAGUGUAAAUGGGUAGAUUAAUUUACAAAAUAAUUAAUUAACUGUAUUAUAUCACAUGCCAAGGAUUAAAAAGGGGGUACGAUUGACAUCUACACAUGCAACCCAUCUGCCUCCCCUUCUCACCUCUCUCUCACACAUGCUCACCUUCUAUUGUUUACACUAGCGACGUGAAUAGGAGAGGUCCUAAUAAGAAGGUGGCACUUUUGGCUCUUUUGCAUUAGCUAAAAGAAGCUGAAUUUCAGUGUCAUACUCUGUUGCCCACUCCUUCCAAAACAACAGCAAGCGCUGAAGAGAGUUUUCUGUGUAUCUCAUGGUCCUUUGUUAAACCACCAUGAAUGCAUUUUUGUGUCCACUAAGAUUCCAGGGAAUCUUGCUCCAACAAAAGUCCUCUCAAGACCAGUUAUGGAAUUGUACUUGCCUAAGACAUUACAUAUGUAGUUUUUUCCUUCUUCUAACAUUCCCUUAAUCUGCACAGGACAGUGAAAUUUGGGAAAUUAGAAAAAAAAAUAAAGACAAGGAAUUUAUUCCAACACUUCUAUUUUCUAAAGACAAAAUUUGCAUGUUUUUUCUAUUAUAAAAUAUGUUUAAUUAACAAAAUAAUUGCAGAUUUUAGGAAAUAUUUUAAAUAGAUGAGUUGGGAAUAUGCAGCUAAGUGUCGAAGCCCCAAUCUGUCGUUCUUGGGUUUAUAUGUAAACUAUUCAAUAAAAUAAUAUUGCUUACUAAAUUUACAAUCAUAUUUCUAGCAGCGAGAAGCAAUUUCCUUUGCUUUUUUUUUUUUAUUUCCUGUCAUAGCUUGCAAAAGCCAACUACUCAGGAAAUGCUUAGACUGUGCUGUUUUUGAAGAAGUCUGAGUCUCUUCGUUUCCAAAAACUAUUACUUAUGUAUUUGGAAAUUGCAAGGCAUUUUUCCACACAGGAGAAUUUUGUUUAUUAAGCAAAACUGACUUGUUGAUGGCAGAUCUGGUUUUAUAUGUUAAAAAAAUCUAUAAACCUUGACAGUGAAAAAUCUAGCAAAAAUAAGAAAGAGGCCCAAUUUGUGGUAUAGGCCAGGUAGUGAAUUACUCAGGGGCACAAACUUAAAGGAGCACCCAUAAUUAGGCCAGUUUCCAGGAGAAUAUACCAGGUAGACACUUAUUUGAUGUGUCAGAAACAAUAUUAGUAGAGUAUACUAUAUUUUAAAUUUAUUGUGUGCCCCAUUUUGAUAUAUCUUGACAGACGUAAACUAGAGAGCUAAAUCAGAGAUCUAAACCAAAGAGACAAACAACAUCCACUUUCAAAAGUUUUUCCCAAAGCUGACAAAUGCACUAUUUGUAGAUCUAUUAAUAUUUAAAUGCUUAGGUUUGAUGUGGGACAGUUAGCAAGGUAAAUGGUCAUGAACACACUUCCCAUAAUGCCUCAUGUAAAAUGUGCUAAUUGAAUUCUUGGAUUUUCAACCAGGGCAUUAUAAAUAAUGUCAUAUAUGUAUGCUCACACUUUUCCAAUGCAUGUCUUUAGGAGUUAGCUAAAAACUUUACAGACUUUAAAGGAAAAUUUCAAGAAAAAGCUUCAAACAGAAUGCAGUGUUACAGCUUCUGGCUUGAAUACAGUGAGAUUUUGCUAUAUUUAUGAAGGCAUGAAGGUCCCAGGGGUGCUAGAUGGUGGUUUUAACACUAUAGAGUCAGGAAUACAUGUUUGUGUUCCUGACCCUAUAGUGAUCCUUUAAAUUUCUAUGUUGAAAGCAAUGAAAAUUUGAAACCAUAUGUAGGUGACAUGCUAUGUUUUUCCUUAUUCCACAGACAUGUUUAAGAUACAUGUCUGUUGUCAAUAGAUCUGUGAAAAGUGCAGUGUAUAUCCUGUUUAGAUCUCCCAAUCCUGGUACGUUGAGAGAUAUACCAUUUUAGUCUAACUGGAAGUCUCCUUAUUUAAAGAGAGAAACUUCAGGGUCUGUUCACUAAACAGUGAGCAAUGGUUGUCUUUAGAACGGACUUUCAAAAAUAGCUGAGAUGAAAAAAAAAACUCAGAUGAAGUUUUUUUUUGUGACAAAAUAGUUUUUUUUUUGUUUUUUGGGGUAAGGGUGGACGAUCUAAAUUAUGCAAGCCGGUUGUCAACUCUUUAUGACUCCCUGUCUGUUGAACAUGCUACUUUGUUUUGUAUGAGUCCUUAUACUUUUGAAAUUAACCUCUUGGUCCUGGAGGGGUUAAUAUAUCUAUAUAUUUUUUUUUCAAUAGAGCUACCUACUCUGCCACAUCUUUUUUUAAUUUUUUUUAUCUUACAGUAUGAGUAAUUUGUUAAUAAUUUUGUAUAUCUGAUUGGUGCUGCAUAAGUAUAAUAAUGAUAAUAUUUAAAAGGUACCUGCAGUGUCUACACUAUUUGCUUUCAGUGAAAGCUGCAACUGACAUUUGCUAUAUUGUUAUGUAGUUUGUACAGACAAAUGUUUUUGUAUUGCUGUUAAGAUUUUUAUUUUUCUAAAAAAAAUAAAAUACAAUUUUGUAAA